GUCUGCUCAUACAUUACUAGGGAACUAGCACACAGCUUCUCUCUCACUCCCAAUUAUUUCUGAAUCGGGGGAAAUAUGCAUUAAACAACACACUGCCGCAGAGGUAAGCCCUCUCUCAGCUUAUAUCCUUCUGUCCUGCUUUCACCAGGAUUACUGCAUCUUUGAAAGCCACGCUGUGAGAUUGCAUGUGAUUUAUUUUUAAACUUCUGCAAUGCUGAAAAUGCUCUGCCAAUGGGAUUAAUGAAGAUUCCGCUCUGUAUAGAUUGUAAGCUCCUAGUCACAAAAGAGGCAUGGGGAUUGCUCUUUUGUGUUCCUCUCUGAGUUUUAUGGACUGAACAAAGCGUGGCUGUAGUCCCUUUAAGGAAACCCUGGCUGGAGAUCUGUCAUUGGUUUGGUGGUAUAAAUGGACUGCUGGCACAGGGACUUGUUCGGUACUUUACUAUAAUAGAUUUGUUUUUAAGGUUACUGUCCAUCAUCCCAGCAGAUAGCAUUGUGUGGUUAUUGAAUACUUAGCAGCCAAAGAAUGCCCUACGGGUGGCAUUGCCAUCUGGAAAUUCAACGGUAAGAUAUUGGUGUCACAUGCAAACAGUGUGUCUACUGUGUGUUACUGGAAGUGGAAUAAAUGAUUUAUUAGGAGGUAGCAGCUUAUCCACCUUUCCGUCUGUCUGUCCUCCUCUCUGUCUCUAGUUAAAGAGAUUGUGCCAAGUAUCCUGCUGCAGUGUACAGCCAAUGCUUUUUCUGUAGCCUGAGCUGUAAUGUGCUCAGCAGAAAGUGUCACUGCUAGUGUGUAUUUUGGAAGAUUAGGCUCCUGCCGCUGCAGAGCCUUACAAACUGCCAAGGCGCCUUUCUACCUUGUCUAAAUGAAGAUGAACCCAUUCAGUGCCAAAUGUGUACCCACUGAGUUCCAAAACCCGCCCCUUCCCUGGCACAGACGAUAUGGGCAGUAUACAGGACCUGUGUAUGUGCACUGACAGCUGUAGAUGACAUAUUUGGAAGCCUAGCUAGCUCCCCCUGCCUCCUUUUUCGGAAUUGUUCCCCCCCCCCCCUUUCUGUCAUCAAAGAAAAUUAACCCUUUCCAGUACUUCAAAGCACUUUUAAAAUGACUGCAUCUAGACACGCAGUCUUUGUUUAUUGGUUACCGUUAACCCUCGUAUUGCCAAAAGCCAGGAAAAAUCACUUUAAAAAAAAAAUUUACAACUAAAUGAGGCAACAAAGUAGCAAUCAAUGCUGACACUGCCAAAGAGCCAUCACCAAAACCCCUCAUUUCUUAAACCAAGGAUGCCCAGCCUUUGUUCUUAAGCUGCCACUGGACUACAAGUCAUUCUCUUCCAGCCAGAGGAUGACAGCGUUUUGGGAAAUGUAGUGUAACCACAGCUGGAUUCCCAGGAUUAGAUACUCCUGCCCAAGAACAUGUGAAGAAUGUAGGGCAGAGUGUAGCCAAAAGGUAGACCAACAGCUGUUGUAGAACUGUAACUUUGUACCUCUUUCAUUCUUUGUCAGGAUUAAUGAUGUUGUAAGCAAACUAUCAUGCAGUGAAGUUUGUAUUCUAUAUCUGUGAAGAUUUCAUUUUCUGGUUGAUUGAUUUUGUUGUUCUUUAAUUAUCAUUAGUAUAAGCUUUGCUUCGUUGUUUUCUGAGGGUAGUUCUUUAAAGGGUCUGGUGCUGUUAAAGCGCAGCCUGUGGGUUAGAGCAGGGGGCGGGGGAGAGCUUUGCAUCAGCUGUAGAGAAAGCAGCUGUGUUUCAGGGAAGUUCCUUUCUAACAAGACACUUUAGGGCAUUCCUUUCUCAAUGCUCAUUCCCUGCUACCGUGAGCCAUAGACUGGCUGCACUCAAUUAAAACUCAUCAGGUGCUUAACUCUUUCAUAUCCAGCAAGAGACAAAAUUACCAUCACAUUCUAGAUGCAUGGUCAGCUCUACAUAAGGUAUGCUGCUGUCACUGUUGCCCCACCAGUUCCAAAAGUCCCAGAGUCUGGUCCCAAAAGGUUAAGCCAGUCAGACGCACACUGAAAAGUAUUUUUAUACGUUUCUGGAAAAACAAUGAAGAUCAUUUUUGACUGCUACAGAGCGUCUUGCUCCCAACUCCCAGGGUUUUUCUUUUGUUUAUUUUUGUGUGUGCCUGUGAUAGGGAUUUUUAGCGUUGUACACAGGCAGCCAUUACUUAAAUAUUGUGCGUUCCUGACCCUUGCUCUGUGUUAGUCUACCUUGCAUCCAGCGUAAUGCUCCGUGUCGUGAAAAAGCGAACAUUCAUUUCUAGACUAACUGAUGGCAUAUAGUGUGCAUGCCUGGUUAACUGCCGCGGCACCUGCCUCCCCAGCGUGGAAACGGCAAGAUGUCCUAAGUGAUAACCCAUGAAUGAAUGUAAUACUGUACCAAAAAGAUUAACUCUUUGACUGCCAUGGAUGCGUUGUGCCCAUUUAACCCCUUAAGGACACAUGACAUAUGUGACAUGUCAUGAUUCCCUUUUAUUCCAAGUUUGGUUCUUAACGGGUUAAUCAAAAACAUGGUUCAAAAUUGCAUUUAAUGUAGCUCUGCAGCCACAGUUGAACAAAAAGUAAUCAGGCUUCACCGUGCCGCACUAAUGAAUUUGGUGCUGCUCAUCAUAAUAAUAAUGUUUACGCAUAGCUAGGCAUAGAAUUUAAAUGGACUUCAAAGGAAUCCAAACCUUUUUUUUUUUUUUGCUUGCAACUGCCCUUGGCAGUGAACUGGUUAAUGAAUUAAAGUCACUCUUUGCUUUCUUAUAAUCCAGGAUGAGUGGGGACCUCCCCCCCGCCCUCCCUUUGUGUUCCACAACUAUAUAUGAAGGUGAAGAAUGGCCAAGGAGCACAGUACACCUCCUGCCAGCUCUACAAUGAGAGUGCUACCCAUGGCAAUUGGUUGUGUAUACUGGACGCUAUCACUGUAAGACGAGCCCUCAAAGUGAAUUCCCACUCGCUGAUGGGCAGAGCAGACUUUGUGGUUUUCCAGAUUUCCUACAAAUACCGCUGCAGUAUGGUGUGAGCUUUAACACUUUGUUUACUGGCCAGGCCUAAACAUGGUGGUUAUAGUUCAAUUAUUUCUGGAGCAAUCACAAUAGAAAUAAUUGUUUCUGCAGAUCGCCCUGCUUUAUUCCUUUUGCUCCAGUAUUGCAUUCACCAUUCACCCUUUAUUUGUCAUUUGUUAUUGGUGCAAAACUCCAGUAAACGUGCAGAAAAAGGACACACAUCUUCGUAAUAAUCAGCAUUUUUCAGGGUCAUAAAUGCACAAGGAACCACAGCCAUGCACAGAGUCAGACACAGCUGCUCAAUGGCAUCUGAAACUGCAAACUCUGUUUAUAUUGGACACUUAACGUCACAUAAACAAAAUAAAUUUUGGCUUUAUAUAGGCCAGCUAUUCUAAACUAUUCCUCCUUGAUAACCUUUUUCUUCCAGACAUGAGAGAGAGCUUCUUGGUAGUGCACUGGAUUAUCAACUCCCCAGACAUUUAUAUUGUUAAAUGAGAAGGGAUGCUAGGGAUGCUAAGUAAUUGGGCAUUUUGCCGCAUUUAGAUACACUGCUUGCAAUUGACAUGUUGAUAUUUUUAAGAAAUGUUAUAAGGGGUAUUAUGGUGCUUUUCACUGUUUUCAGCAGUUAAACCAGUGCUGUGUGAUACCUAUAGUAGGCUGAUAUGAGAGGAGACAGAUGGCCCCAGUUACAGUUUGGGGACAUAGACUAAACAGUGCACAACUGAGAUUACAACAUCUUCAGUACAACCCAGUGUUUUUUAUUUGGUCUAAUGUGUGAAAUUUACCUGUUCAGUCAACACAAUUCACCGCUUAGUGAAUACAUCCUGAUUUUCCUUAAUCAUUAUUAGGUGUGCUGUGCCCAAGUUGACCUGCUGAUUAGCAUCCUUGAGAUAUACUGUAAUCCCUUGUACAACAAUCAAAGAUCCAGGACUUGCUAAGUUUUUACAAUGUGCAUUAACCGACCUCGCAGAGCUGCACUCUUGUUAAGAUUUCAGUGAAUUUCAGCAUAUCAAGAGUGGAAAUUUCACAGAUUUGAAUAGAUCUGACCUUCCCCACAUUGCCGAGGUAAUUCUUGCAUUGUUUUUGGUAGCAAGCCGACAGUUUGGAAUCUUCUGUCAUAAAGCAUUCAUCGAGCCAGCUACUGCCCAAGCUGUGAGUCUUGUGGACUGAGAGCAAUAUUUUUCCAUUCACAUUUAUUUUUCCUCUCGUUGGUCUCUCUCUAAGAAAUGAGGUGUUCUGGGGUUAGCUAAUAAACUUAAGGACACGGAGCGGCGUCUGGAACGAGUUGUAAUGUGGACAUUAGUGUGCAGCCCUUGGGUGUUUUCCCAAUUUCUUUUGUUCUAUAAAUAUCAUCUAUACAGGGGUGUUAGAAUAUGCCUCCCACAACUCCCAUAAUGCUCUACCUGUCUGUGACUGCUAGCGAAAUGUGAGAGUUGUUUAACAUAAUUACAAUAAGGGGCAAGCUGACUUCUAGGAAUGAGAACAGUUUUGAGUGGCUACGGGUCUGCAAUUGACCCAAGAUUGUCCUGUAGUUUUAAGUGUUCACUGUCCCUGGUUGACCUCUUCGAGAGCUGUCUUGCAUCCUAGAGCAUGUGCAUGGUUUGCUUUUUAUUUCAUAGAACUUGCAUGAGGACAGGAUAUAUUGGAUGGGGUUCAAAGGAGACCCUUCCAAGGUGUUUCUCCUUUGUGCAGUGUAUAAGAGAGCUGUGAACAGUUUGCACCAUAGGCCUAGAAAUAAUGUUUAAAGAUUGAUACCAGCAUUUUCCUUUGCUUAUGUGCAAAAAUAUACCUAGAGCUGGAGGUCACCCCUCAGUGAAGAUAUUUCUACUCAGAGUCUUGUGAAAGAAGUUCUCCCUCAAAAAGGAACAUUUUCUUGUCUAUUUGGACCAGAUUACGUUAAAUGAUUCCUUAUUAAUGAUGUAAUUGAAUUGCAGUCAUCAGAAUUGAUGGUAAAAAGUGUCAACAUAUUUUAAAUCAUUAUGUGAUAUCUACUACAAAAUCAAACAUUACACAGGCAAUCUCAGCUGCUACUAUAUUUCAUGUGAAUAGUGGGUACCACCAGUAAGUUAAAGUAACCUCCACGUGAAUGUUACAAUAGUUGCGUGUAAUUUAUCUAUCGUAUUCUGCUGCAAUCAUAUUACCUGCAGUUAUCCUCCUGUGCUACGCUGUCUAUCCCUGAGCUAGUGAGACAGGUAGUCUGUAUGCUGCUGGGGAGCAUCAUUAAAUCCUCCCAGCUCAUCCCAUGCUUCCCAUCUACAUCAUUCAAUGUGCACCUGAGAACAACAAAGACCAUAGAUAGCCACAAUAAGUGUGCCAUAAAAACACAUGAUUUUAUAUGCAGGAAGCAUUUGCUGCUAAACCGGUCAGUAUGUGCUUUUGGGGUUCUGUAUAAGGAGUAAUUCUUUGACAAACUGCUAAAAAUGAAGUUUCCAUCAGUUCAUUUCCGUUGUGAGUGCUGCACUUUCAGAAUAUGGCCUAGAAUUGCUCUUUUUACAUACUCCUCAUUCCCUAUUGGCGUCCUUCCAAAACUGACCCACAUUGAAAUUAUCUGCCAGCUUUCAUACAACUCAAACAUGAGAAAGUAUGUGCUUAACAAUUGGUAUUUACCUUUGUACACAUACUCCCCCUACCCCCUGUCGGUAGUAUUUAAACUCCCCUGGAAUAUAUGCUUUCUAGAGAAAACUGAUAUAUUUUUUCAGAUUUGGGUUAAAGGAAGAGGUUUAAGUCAGUAUUUCCAAAAUAUACCUUCAUUCUGCCCCUCAGCACCUCCUGCUAUUAUAUUACAGUAUUCCCUAAACACACAGAUUUGUUUUCUGCCCUGAAGCACCUCCUAUUCUGUUGCUGAACUUUCUCUUACCCGGCGGCUUAGGAGACCUGUUUCUGCAUCUCACACCAUGAAUGAAGCAUUCCCAGCAACAUAGUAUAUUCAAUAAGACAGCAAUACCCCGCAGAGCUUGCACUUAAACUGUCUACGGAGCAGGAAGAUAGGGUCAGUCUGAAGGAAACACUUGGUCAAGGAAGCUAGAUUAUUUUCCUAGUUAGCCCAGCAGUAAACUCCAUGUAUAUACAUAAUCUGUGUGCUUAUUACAGCUCCCCUUCAUAGAAGUAAUUCAGUAAAUAUAUAGAGCUCGAGUUCCACAUCUGUUUGUCUGGUCUGUGCCUCCCAGACCUUGUCUGCAGUGUCUAGUACAGAGAGCCUUACAGGCACACCGUGUCCCACCGCACUUCCCAAGCAAAUUCCCUUCCUUAUAGUAAAUUGAAACAGUGUUUGUCCCAGUUGUUUUGCUUCCUCCUUGUCUACUGUAAAACCUCAGAGAAUUUUACAUCUCAAGCUUACUCUAAUAGCUGGAGUAUGUAACCCCACCUCUCUCCAGCUCAUGAAUAACCACCACAACGCUCAGGCAUCCUGUGUAGCUUUCAAAGGAUUCUGGGAUUUCUAGCAGAGGUGCUAUAGUAAUUUCAUCAGGCCAGCAGAGCAUAAUAGGCGUUAGUUCAUCACAGCUGGAUAUAGAAAGUGUAUUCUCGUUUUAUCGUUAUAUUAAAGGAACACUAUAGGAUCAGGAACACAAGCGUGUAUACCUGGCCCUAUAGUGUUAAAAAUACAUGUAGAUUCCCUGGACCCCCUUAUCUUCGUUAAACAAUAAGAAAACUUACCUUUUUAUUUUCUGUGCCGCCAGGCUCUGCCGGCUAGGUUCUGCCGGCUAGGUUCUGCCCCCAAUCCAGCUCCUUGGCUGACAUAAUCAGAAUUGAUGAACUCAGCCAAUCAGAAGGCUUAGCCAUAGGAAAGCAUUGGAUUAUUUGAGAUUGUCAGUUCUGAUGAUCUUAGCCAAGGAGGCGGAGUGGUGAAUGGGGCCAAAUGCCAUCCUAGCCAAUUAGCAUCUCAUCCUAGAGAUGCAUUGAAUCAUUGUAGUUCAGCGUCUCCAUAGAGAAUGUGGAGACACUGAAUGGCACUAUAACCUCUUCAUUGAGAUGAAGCAGUUACAGUGCCUACAGUGUCCUUCCUCUUAAGUAUAUCUAUAAUUGUAGUGAAUUGCACAAAACAAAACAAACAAAAAAUGAUGAAUUUUAAAGCAAAACCUGCAGAAUAACAAAGCACCUUUUAUAAAAAGACCCUGACGCAUGCAGCAUGAAGGAGUAAUCAAGUUAUUUUUUUUUUAAUAAAGUUUAUUUUAUUUUUUUAAAUUGCAGUUUGUUUUUGUAUGUGCCGUUGUGUGUCUGUGUAUCAAGGUGUAUCUGUGUGUCAGUGUAUAUGAAUCAAUGGCACAUAGUAGCACACAGAUACACACACCUUGAUACAUGGUGUGUAUCUGAGUGUUUGUGUGCAUUUAUCUGUGUGUCAAAGUGUGUGUAUCUGUAUUUGUAUAUGCCGGUGUGUGUAUCUGUGUUUGUAUGUGCCAGUGUGUGUAUCUGUGUCAGUGUGAAUCUGAGUGUGUGUGUGUGUGUGUGUAUGUAUUGAACAUACAGACACACACACACCUUGACACACAGAUACACACACUCAGAUACACAAACACACACUCAGAUGCACACAGUGACAGAUACUCACAGGCACAUACACACAGUGACACAUACACAGUGUCAUAUACACACACUGACACACACUCAGAUACACACACACCAAUACACACAUACUGACAAACACAUACACACCCAUACACUCACUGACAAACAGACAUACACACACACUCACUGACACAGACACAUACCCUUAUUUUUAAUUAUUUUUUAAUUUCACUCCACCCCGCCUCCCUACCUUUGGGAGUGCUGGCGUGCAGUCCCUGGGGUCCAGUGGGCCUGCUGGGCUGAGCGGUCGCCGUGCAGUCGGUGAGGGAGCAGUGAUCUUCCUGCUCAGCUCCCUCACGCGCCUCUUAGUGAUGCCAUAGCAUCACUCCGGCUACGGCAUCACUCUCCCCUGCUCAGCUCCCUCGCCACCUGCCUCAAUUAUUGCGGUGGCCAUUUUGUUUUCCAAAAUUUGGGCGGGACCCCAGGGUUUCCACGGAACACCAACUGUGAAACACUGGAUUAGAUUUUAUAUCUCUGUGCCAACUACAAUUGCAGCAAACACUAUUUCUUUUUCUGGGCUUUGUUAACACAAACCCUGGCCCUUGGCAGACAAUCUACCAGUCCUGUCCUUUUAGCGCUGACUUGGAAAAAGACUGAAGGUUUUUUUAUUUCUUUAAACAGCUAUGUAGAUUUGUUUUAGUUUGUUUUCAAUAUCUGUUUUAUUUGUACGUUAUCCCCAGCCAAAUACCUUCUAAGCACUUCUUGAUAACCCGGAUUUCCAAGGGCCUCCCAAUCUCAUGUCCUUUACCUGCCGAGGGCCCCUAAUGCACCAAUUUUUCAUGGCCUUUUCCAGUUAUGGGUCACUUUAUACACCAGUUUUCCAUGGCCUGAGAUUUUGUAUUGAACUCUUCAUGCACUCCAUUUGGCCCUUUAUAAGUAUUUUUUUUGUACCUUUUGUAUUGAUAUUUUCUGGAGCGCUGUGGAUGCAGAUUUAUAGGUUCUCCAUAGAAUUCUAGUUUUCCCCGUUUUGAAGUUUUGUUUUUCUUUUAAAUUAACCCAAUGAUUGCUGGGUGGGGCUCUGCCAUCUUCAGCCUAAUAGGUUUACAUGCUUCACUUAUUUAGAAAUGUCUAUAUACUCCCUGUAAUAACGUAUUUAAUGGACACUGAAUACAUGGAAUAAUGUUUGUAGUGUUUCCAUGGUGAUAUCAGUGAGGCAUUUGGAAUACCAUGAACAGUAGCGCUCUGUCCUUUUGGGAACUAUAAAUGGCUGUUAAACCAUGAUAUACCCAGACUGGUUUUAACAGGUUAUUUCAGAGAUGGUUAAUGCUAUCUUUAGUGUGUGUGUGUUUAUAGUGUGUGUGUGUGUGUGUGUGUUUGUGUGUAUAUAAUAUUUGUUCUAAAUUACUGUAAAUCUCAAUUUGAAUUUGUUUUCUAAGGAAAAUACAGGUUCUGGCUUAUGUCAGUAGCCUAGUGUCAUCAGCCAUGUGACUGCUUCAUGCAAUGUGAUUGUAUUACGAUAGGGAAGCAUUUACUGUUUCAUCCAUACUCUCUUCAUCUACACAAUAAAACAGAACCACCUAAUACUCUGAAGGAAAACCGUCACUUCCCCUGUCCAAUGUUACUUUACUGGUAAUCAUUGUCAGUCUCUUCUCUUUUCCCGAUUGAACCAUUGUAAUCCCCUAUUUCUUCCAUGAUUUGCCUCUUCCCACUCACAUAGUCUUGGAAUCUGUUUCUCACCCUCUGAUGUCUUUCUCCAGCUGCUACUUCCUAAAUGUCAGCUGUGUUCUUUCAAUAUACACCUGCUCUCCUUUUAUCAGCUGAAGCUUCCUUUCCACACUCAGCUCAUUACUUUCUCUUUCUCCCUUACCAGGCUUUAUUUCUGAAAUGUCCCAGUACCCAGCUUAUUUUUUAAAACUCAUCAUCUGAAGAGCCAGAUUGUUUGGUGCCCUACAAUGAUAUAUUGUCAGAAUGGAUUUAUGAAGCUGUGAUGGCUAACUUUGCUACGCCAGAUGUUUGUGAACUGCAUUUUUAUGAUACACGCAUAGAUGGAAGUAAAAUAUAUUGAAACUCCUUUGAGAAAGAUCCCAGAGAAUGGCAUGUAAAGAUAUGUAAGUGUAAAUUGCCAUUCUAACACAAAGCGAUUCUCAGAGCGGCCCUCUUGUAAUAUUUGUGAGUAAAUACAAAGUUUAGCACAUAAUUUUAAGGACAGGCAUGCUCCGGGGCUUUAUGUCAAUGCAAGCGUAUUGAGAACCAGUUUAAUUGUUUGCAUUGUCAAAGAAAUUAAUAAAGCUGCACCUUUGAUUAUGGGAAGACAUUUGUUGUAUCAAUAUAUUGUGUUUACAUCACACCUUCAGUAUGGAAAGGGCAUCAUGAGGUUGGGGGUGGGGGGCUUAUUUUGUUUUCUAUUAAGUGGAGAUGCCCAGACGUGCCGAGAAACUGAAAGUCAGGGCUAAAGGUGACCCCUCGAGCAAUAGACAAGUGUAGAGAAGAGCAAUCAUUUUGUGAUGUUUGGGAAGGGGCCAUGAUGUAAAUUAUACCAAUAAAGCAAGAAUUUACUAGUGGGGGAAUUAGCUUAUGACACAUUGUUAAUGCCUGCUGAACGAGGCUGAUUUAUCCAGGGCUUCCGGCACUGGAAGUGUAGAGCAAUAAUCAUACUUAUUAUCCAGGUUAAAAUGGGAUUGCUCUUCUUCACGCUUCUCCUUUCUUCCUCAAACUGCUUAUUUAGCUUUAGAGUUCUUUUAAAGACCUUCCUGUCACCCUCCUGUCAGUGGUGUGUUUUUAAUUAACACUUUUGGCCAAAAUUGCCAGCUAAGGAUUUUUAGUUUUUCACACAGCCAAGAACUUGUUGAACUUUGUGAGGUCUGGGUAAGCAUGAGAGAUAGGACAGGGGUAAAAAUCAGGCGGCAAUUCGGAUGUGUGCUAUAAUCAUAGAACUCUAAUAGAGCUCUGGGGCAUAUUUGAUAUUUUUUGUUUGUUGAGAAUGCUUGGUCUUGAAGUGCAAAUUAGGUUUCUGUUUUUACUUGGUUACAUUGCAAUUCAUUUUGAUGGUGAAUCUUACAGUCGAGUGUUUACUUUUUCACAUUUAUCAGCCAUAGAUGUAUCUAUGUUGAAGAUGAUUGGUUGAAGCACAAACUGCAAUUGCACACUUUAUAAAGUUGAAAAAAAUUAAUGGAACACUCUAGGGUCCGGUACCUUAAAUAAGUAAAACAUGUACCACUUUUCCAGAGCCGCACGGGUCCGCAGGCACUGCUAUGCCUUCUUGGAUGACAUCAUAAUCAGAAUUGAUUAUCUCAGCCAAUCACAGUGCUCUCCCAUAGGAAUUCUGAUGAUCUCAGCCCAGGCGGCGUGGGUACGGUCAAACACCACCCAAGCCAAUCAGCAUCUCCUCAUAGAGAUGUAUUGAUUCAAUGCAUCUUUAUAGGGAGCGUUCAGAAUCUUCAUGCAAAUUGCGGAGACGCUGAACAUCUGUGCUGCACAGUGUGCACAGUGUGUAGCACAACCCCAGGAAGCACCUUUAGUGUGACCACUAGAGGUGUUCCUAGGAUGUGAUGUAAACACUGGCUUUUCUCUGAAAAGACAGUGUUUACAGCAAAAAGCCUGCAGGGACAGACUAUAGAUACCAGAACAAUUACAUUAAGCUGUAGUUGUUCUGGUGACGAUAGUGCCCCUUUAACCAAGGUAGCCUCAACAAGCUUCAGUAGAAACAGUUCUUAUAUGAAUCAUUAUAGUGGAAGUAACCAGCUCAGAAAAGUGUGUUCAUUGACUAAUGCCAGACAUAACUGCUAAAACAGAAGCAUAUUAAUAUAGAGAAUAUUUACUGAAAUUGGUUAAAGUCCCAGAGAACUAGAAUAAUUAAGGGUCUAUAACAGCGAGUGCCAAAUAAAUGUUGUUGCAGAGUCCAUAAAGGGUCAAUAUAUCUGAUAACCAUUGAUGGUAGAAACUAGUCUAACUGGAUUGUCAAGGAGCCGUGGUACUCUAAAGGAGUUAUAAAGUUUCUAGUCUCGACUAGAUGAAGGCAGGUGAGUGAUUCCAGGUUAGACAGAUAAGGGCCAGGUAAAUCAUACAAAUUCUAGUGACAGAUAUAGGAGGAUGUCAGACCCUCAUCCUAAACAGUGUCCCUGCAAUACUGCCUGAUGAUAGUCAUCUUUUUUGAGAUGAGCACUUAGUUACUUGCCUUUGGUUUUGUCAUCAAAUGACAUGUGAAUAAAAACUCCUUUUGGUCACAGCUCCUUUAAGGGUAUGGUCUUCUUUUUCUGGAACUGCAAGGUCAGAUAAUUGUGGGCCAUUGUAGAUAACUAUCAAAUAACUAAUCCAGUGUAGUAAGUGUAACCCUUUAUUUGGGGGAAAUUGGACUAGGUAACGAGUGAUCUGCAGCAUUUUAAUUUGACAUGCUCAAUCAUCAACAGUGACAGCAAUCUGCUAGGACCAGGAUAACCCUGUAAAGGAGUUACAUGCUGUCAUCUCCUGGUUGCUAAUUGGUCACUGAUCCCAACCAACAUCCACAGUAGGGCGCUGCUUCUGCGAGUUUUAAGAAUUGUUAAUUGGGUCGGAAUUACUAUCUCGAGAUAUCAAAGUGGUUGCUCUGUCCAGUUCUUCCCAAUUUAGUUAUUGUGUCCAUUGUAACACGUCAAUAAUGGGCUGUUUGUAUGAAGAGCAAUUCUAGGGCAAAUAUUUUAAAGUGAUGCUAUUGGCAGGAGUAAGCCUUUGGUUACCUUAGAGACUUUCUCCACUCUUCAAAAUUGUUCUUUUAUAUUGCUCAACAGAAGUAAGAAGGUCAUAUAGAUGCUAAAUCAAAGAUGCCUGAUCCUAUAUGCUUAAAUGCCUUUUGCAUCAUUAACCCUUUCUAGGGCUACAGAUCGUGUAGCAGUUUACACAGCUGUGCUUCCAAGCGCCUUCCAGCAUUGCAGGGGUUACCAUGGAGAGGGGAAGAGGGGUGGGGGGGCGCUCCUUGCUGCUCUGGUUAGCUUGUGAGGAAAAGCUACUGUUUAUUAUUGGAAAGAUUAUUGUUUUUCCAGACGAGGAACAGUAAUCUCCAGCGUGCAGCCGGGUAUGUGAGAUGACUGAACGUGAGGCCUUUCUUUUCAUUUAUACAGGGGUCUUUUGUAGUGACAGGGCUAGCCCUGAUCCCAAUGGAGUGGGAAGAAGGAGGAUAUAAGCUAGGAAAGGUAUAGGGUUUUACAGACCUCUUAAGGAAAACACUUCCACAAAGUCUAUGUUAAGAUCUUUGUUAAUACCUAAAUUCCUCUCUGUUCUUUUUUGCGUUAUCGCUUCAUCUCCUGGUGUUAAUGCCAGUGAACAACCACGUUCCAUUAACCCUUCUCCAGCCAGGCACACUAACAGCAGGCUGCAGAGUUUAAAUGAAUAUAUUUGUUAUAUCUAUUGAAAGUCAAAAGAAUUUCCAAGAAAGAUUUUGCAGGAAUAACAUGUGGUUACCUUCUGAGAUUAGAGUGAAGGAGAUUUCUCCAUCAACAAAGGAAAUCUCUCUUUGGCCGUUCAAGAUGUGGAAACCGCUGCGGAGGGGGAUGUGAUGGCUGAUACACUGGAAACCUUUAAUAAAUAUAUGUAUUCUAGUGAACUAUAUAGGAUUGACAUUUAGAUAUAAGAAAGGAGACUGGCUUUUGGGACAUUAGAUGAUAAAAUUUCGAAUCAGGGAGGUUUAUAUGUAAUCCAGAUUAUAGCAAUCAAGCAUUUUAAUAGAACAGGGGUAAUUUUAACAUGUUUUUUGGGGUCGAACAUAUUCGCCAAAGUGUAAAAAUUUGCCAACUCCACUAAUUUUCCUGGUUAGUUUUUGCAACCUAUAAUGUGCAAUGCUCGAGUUAUUGAUUAAAGCCCACAUAAUUUACAUUAAAGGCACACUGUAGUCACCAACACAACUUUAGCGUAAUAAAGUAGUUUUGAUGUAUAGAUUAUACCUCUACAGUCUCACUGCUCAAUUCUCUGCUAUUUAGGAGUUAUAUCUCUUAUUUAUCCAGCCCUAGCCACACCUUCCUGCAUGUGACUUAAACAGCCAUCCUAAACACUUCCUGUAAAGAGAGAUCUAAUGUUUAAACUUCCUGUAUUGCAUAAUCUGUGUAAUUUAGUAUCUCCUGCACUGUUAAUAGCCUGCUAGACCUCGCAGUAGCCUCCUAUCUGUGAUUAUAGUUAAUUUUACAGAGCAGGAGAUAAAAAUCCUAAAGCAGGUUAAAAUUGAUUGAAAAGGAAAGCUUUUUUUUUUUCCAUGCAGGCUAUGUCAGUCAGAGCCAGAAGAGGUGUGGCUAGGGCUGCAUAAAUAAAAGCAAAAGUGAUAUAAAUCCUAAAUGGCAGAGAAUUGAGUAGUGAGCAUUCAAAGGCACAAUCUAUGCACUAAAACAGUUUCAUUAAGAUAAAGUUGUUUUGGUGACUAUAUACCAAUUGUCACUUGGCAAGCAUAUAAACUCUCCUGAAACUACUAAUGGGUAGAAAUUCUUACAGCCACACAAAAAGCAAUUCAACAAAAGGAGGAGAGCCAGGUCUGAACAUCCUUGAGAACUGAAAGCUUUGGAAUUAUUAGGAAUUUAUCGUUUUCGUUAGGUUAGUCGUGCUUUUGGGUGUUAAUAACAUCAUGCUGUGCACAGGACAGUGUGGCGCAAGCAAGCUUGUUUAUUGGAAUGUAACUUUCAUCAUCCUUAGCCAACCUAAGGUAGUUGAAGUUGUAACAUAAUAACAUUUUUAACAGGGAUGACUUUCAAUGAACAAGACCGUGUCUUACUUUAUCUUCCAUAGAAAGUGGGACCAGGGCCAUUAACUCUCAUUAACUCUCUCAGAUUCUCCAGUUGUCUGUCCUCCCCCUGAUGUGACUCAGGGGGUAGUUAAGCUGAAAUAGAACCCACUGCUAUGAUGUAAUAGAAAAGCUAUGAACCGCAGCUACUAAAAAAGAAAAAAAGAAAGACAUUCAGGGCAUAAAUUUGUCCCCCCCCCCCGAAAGGCAAGCUGAGUUAACAGUAAUAAUUCCAUAUUUUCCUUUAUUUUUCCACUAGAAUGUGUCCAGCAUUUAUUAAAGCAGGUUAGCAUUUCCUAGUAAGGAAUUCUCUGAGGUUAACCCUUUCCUAAGCACUCCUGGAAUCCCUGAUAGCUAGUUGCCAAUGUUUAUCUGUUGGAUUUGAGUUUAGGUCAAACCUCACAGUGUCAUUUAGAAGCUUCUGUAUAAUUGAAAGUGAAUUGACCGAGGAAAAAAACUAAAGGAGGGGAUAAGGUUGUGUUAAUGUGCCCAAAACAGACAUACUGUAACUUCUAUGUGUUGUACCCUAUUUAUACCAGGAGAUGGUAGGCUUUGGACCUCUACAGACUCCUGGCACUCAAAGAGUUUAGAUUAUACAUGCUAGGUUCACAGGAUGUGUUUUAGUCUUUCUAGUGUCACGGAAAGCUGUUUAGCAUGUAACAGAUGUAUGGCAGUGCCGGUACCACUCUACUGUCAGGCUAUAUUUAGCUCCAUGCAGCUGCUGUCCAUCUUGCGCCCCAUUUCCCCUCCGAGGAUUGAAGAUCUGAUGUUACACCGCAAUCUGUAUAAGAUCUCCAAUGUCUGGGAAGUGGCUUGUUUCCAAAACACCAGCCGUCGGCCAGUGGUUCCAUCUAUAGAAAUUAGAAUAUAUAAUGACAUAUUUUCUUGUAUGUGGGUUGUUUGGGUUUUAGCCAGAGCCUGCUGCCUCAUGACCACAGGCCACUGAUAUUUAUAUUUAACAAAGAAGUCACUGACUAGCUGCAUUUUUUGGUAGAAAGAGGACUACAAUGUCCCUAAAUCCUGGCCCAAAACCGUUGGCUUUACACAUGGUUAAAUGUAUACACUGAUUACCUGUACUGACCCUGGACUUUAAUACAGAAACGAUCUAUUGAUAGAGUGCCCAUAUCAGCUUUGUAUAUUGCAUAUUUAAUAAACUUUGCCAAGUAAAAAGACAGUACUGUUACCAUAUCUAUAGGCUAAAAGAUCAAACAAAGAAAUAUGUCUGCUACUUAUAACACAAAUUGUUCCAUUAAAUGAGUUUUAUCUAAAGGGACCGACCAUUUUUGAUUUACCAGAUUGUAUCUCAAUUAACUAGUCUGGGUGCUGUGUGUGCCCCCAAUUUUAACUUCUGCAGGAAUGGCAGUGUUCUUUUUGCUGGGUUAUUCUGUGUGCUUCCGUGAAAUAGUGGAGAAAAACCCUAUGACCAUCUGAUUGGUGUUUUGCCAUGUGCACUAGCCUCCCAAUGCUGAGCUAUGGGAAAGCAUCUGAUUCGCUGAGAUCAUAGAUCUCGAUGAUUUCAGGCAAAAAGGUGUGGCAAGUCAUGGAAAGAGCGGCGUGGGAAACAACAUAAGUUAACCUAAACAGUGACUAUGUAAUAUUCUGCACAGAUCGCUGGUAUAUAUGGAAGCAGAAUACUUACAUGUCCUAGUUCUAGACAUUUUCAUUCACACAUCACCUAUUUAUAUUUUAUCAGGUAACAUUAUUUUACACAGACCUUGGCUACAUAAAUUAAGGUAGCUCAUUUGGUUAAUGCACCAACUAUAGAGACUGGUAAAUAUGUACACUCAUAAAAUAUGCGUUGCUGAGAUCAUGAAUUGUAGCUACUUUCCGAAAAACUCGAAAUGUAAGAAAAAAUAUAUUGUAUGAUUACCAUUUGAUGAGUUUGAUCACUUCCUAAGGGCAAUAGCCAGGGAUAGGUUUCUGAUAUCUCAAACUAGGCAUUAAGCUGGAGAAUACAUCAGCCAUCCAGUAGCCAGUCUGAGUCCUUUUAAUCCACAUGGACUCACAGUGCUAAUAGCUUCACAUACCUUGUAAGUUAAAUCAUCCCGAACACCAGACAUGACCUUGGAGGCUACCAAAUAAUACUAACAUCCAGCCACCCUGGGAUUGAAGAGGUGGAUUGUUAAGAGCUACAGAUGUUUGAUGAGGCAUACCUGAGAUGUGCUGCGCACUUUAUUUUAAUAGGUACUAUAAAUGGUAUAGGAUCAACUCGCAGACACACACUAAAAUUAAAACAUCUUGAGGAGGGUUUUCAAACCUCCCCGUCCCAAUUCAGGUCUGUUAUUGCCAGCUUUCAUGUGGUUUUCCUAAAAGCUGCGUCUUUACAUCAAACCCAAAUUAGUAUCUCAAAGGCCUGCAGGCUCCGAACUCAAAUCUUAGAGGAUAAUGCUUGGCUUGCGUUUUUUUCUUUUCUAUUCUCCUUUGUGGGGUGCCUGUGAAGUUAGCUGAAGAAAGAAAAAUUUCCCAAAUCACCGACUGGGAUAAAUCAACAAAGACGCCAGUUCAUUCAUUCAUGAGAAAAUGUGGGCACAAGAUGCUUGUUGGUAGAACCCAUCUUCCAAUGCUGUCUAAAUAAAUCUGGUUGUUGACAUGAGUGCAUUAAUCUGAAUUUCCACUGCUGAGAGGGAGGAUAUGGUAUUCCAUUUCUAUUACUAUUCUAAUCUCUAACAUGUUAGCUGUGCUAGCUGUUUACCAUUAAUUUUAACCAUAUACCCGCAUUGUUAAACCAAGUUUAUCAUCUGAAAGAAACCAGAAUGAAUCAGCACUGAGUAAAGACUGUCUGUUGUGUAAGUUUUGUAAAGGUUUUAGCAGUGUUAAAGAUCUGUAUAUGAGACCAUAGAGCAGGCUAAAGUAUAUGGAGUAUGUAGAAGAGGGCUAUGGCAUCUGGCCAAAGCUUUCCUUUAAUAGUGCUGGACCAUCAUGGACUACAUUCUUCCAAGCAUGUCCUCUGCCCCAAAGGUAAACCUCCUUGUGAGGGAUACCAGUAGAUCAUUAUUUUUUUUAAUGCAUUUGGCCUCUCACCUCUUUGUUACUCUUGUGACCUGCCUCUUCAUCCUGACUGAAAGGUUUCAGCUCUGCUCUUAUUAGUUCUUUUAACUGGUUGUAGGACUGGUGUAAGGCUCUGGUUUUCAGAAUGUGAGUAGGAAAUUUACAAUGCUUUAAAUGACCACUAUAGUGCCAGGAAAACGAACUAAUUUUCCUGGCACUAUAGUAUUAAUAAGUCCCCCCCACCCCCCUGCUGGGCUGAAGGGGGAGGAAGGGGUUAAACACUUACCUUUCUCCAGCGCUGGGGACUCUUUUCCUCCUUCAGUCGUCAUCAGCUGAAUGCGCAUGCGCGGUAAGAGCCGCGCGUGCAUUCAGUCAGUCCAUAGGAAAGCAUUCUCAAUGCAGGGUUAACCCUAGAUGGACCUGGCAUCCAGACCACUUCAUUAAGCUGAAGUGGUCUGGGUGCCUAUAAUGUAUAAAAUUAAUGUUUAUUCAAGUAUAAAAAAAAAUGAUAUUAUUUGUGCACAUUUGCUAAAUUAGAUUUGGUUUCGUAACUUUGAAUUCUGAAUAAUAGACAUGGAAUUUUUAAAUUUUUUAGGGCAAUAUUACCAGACUUCAACAUUGAAAUAUACAAUUCUAUUGUCAAUUCUCCAUGUUCCAUGUUGUGUUAGUGACUAGCCCCAAAAGAUCCUUAACAGGCAUACUAAGGUAAAACUACUUUCUAAGCGACUCAGGAUUCCUACUGGGCACAUCGUCUUGGGUAAUAUUACUCAAGAUGGCACCUGACAGUCAUUGGAAACAUCUAAACCAGCUGAGAAUGUCUAUCGCCAUCUUCUUGUUCCAUGCCAAAGAUAAUUAUACGCAGCCAGCCUGCCCAUUUUACUUGUAAUUAUGUUAAUGAUUUCAGUGAGUGGAUUUAGCAUAAACCUUUAAUUAGUUUUUGCUGGGUAAGAUUCCCGGUAGCCACACUGUUGGUCAGGCAUGGCCAGUUAGGCACAUGCUGCUGCAUGUGUGUCUUGGGAAUAAACAUAAAGGACACCUUAAAGGAUCACUAUAGGGUCAGGAACACAAACAUGUAUUCCUGACCCUAGAGUGUUAAAACCACCAUCUAGCCCCCUUGGGCCCCUCAUGCCUCCAUAAGUAUAGCAACAUUUUACUGUAUUCAAGCCUGAAGCUGUAACUCUGCAUGCUGUUAGACUCAGAAAAACAAGCAGUCUGCUGACAUCAUCAGAAGUGGUAGCCUGAUCCAAUCACAGAGCUUCCCCAUAGGAUUGGCUGAGACUGACAAAGAGGCAGAUCAGGGGCAGAGCCAGCACGAUUCAAACACAGCCCUGGCCAAUCAGCAUCUCCUCAUAGAGAUUAAUUAAAUCAAUGAAUCUCUAUGAGGAAAGUACAGUGUCUGCAUGCAGAGGGAGGAGACACUGAAUGUUUGGAUGCAUUUUAGGCAGCCAUGACCCAGGAAGGAUCUCUAACAGCUAUCUGAGGAGUGGCCAGUGAAGUUAUCACUAGGCUGUAAUGUAAACACUGCAUUUUCUCUGAAAAGACAGUGUUUACAGCAAAAAGCCUGAAGGGAAUGAUUCUACUCACCAGAACAAAUUCAAUAAGCUGUAGUUGUUCUGGUGACUAUAGUGUCCCUGUAAUAGAUUUGUAGCAAAAGACUAGUCAUGUUAUCCUUGCUGUGCAAAGUGUGCGGUGUAGUCUCUACUGAGCCUCUUGUCCAAUGGAACAAAGGCAUCGCUAGGGGGCGGCUGACGUGGGCUAAAUCCCCAUGUCUGAUUUUAGCACCCUGUUGUUAGCCCAUUGUCUCCUAGAAGUUAAGUAAUGUGUGCUAUAUACUGAAGCCAACUGUUCUCAGGCAGGGAUUUAUUUACAAUCUGAGUUAUAAAGUAAUGACGUUAAAAUACCUUUCAAAAUCUAUCUGUCGUUCUGUCUAUCUAUCCUCUGGUGCAUGGAAGCUUUAGGCUGAGAUCUAGUGCAUAGAGCACAUGGAAUAAAAACUGUAACGUACAGUGAGCUAAGAUUUAUCAUUCCCUUUCAACAUCUGCCUUCUACACCAUCCCGCAUGCUGACAUAUUUUAUCAUAAAGUAGCCAGAGCCGUUUUCUUUCCUCCUGAAAUAUGUCUGGGAAAGUUGCAUCACAUUUAGAGGUGAGUGCUAUGUUUAUUUUAAGGCCAGGAUUCUGUUCUGAUGAGCUCAGUUUGAAUGUGUUUUCCUUUCUUUUUAUCAGUUAGAAUGACGUUUAGGAUUUUGCUUAUUUCUCUAUCUGGGAUCAUGUAACCCUAUUCACUAACCAGAUAUUUUAGUGAGCUUGAGCUGGCAAACAAAGUAGGGCUUAUUCUCAGCAGAAUCUAUGAGAUUUAUUAAAAUGUUAACCAUUUUGACCAAAAAUUGAAUUUUUUUACUAGCUAAUUUGGAAACAUUUUACAGUUCUAUUUUUCCGGCUUGAUUAUUUUUGCCUAACGUUUAAAAUGUCCUUGUAAGUUCUUUGACAGUGAUUAGUUUAAGAAAUAAACCCUCAUUUUGCAAGUUUAUUGUUAUCUCACGACAAUUCACUCACUGCUUAUUGAGCAUACCUGACUUACAGCCCUUUUAAGGUUUGGCUUUUUUGACUAUAAAGGAACACUAUAGCUUUAGGAAUACAAAUCUGCAUUUGUAACCCUAUAGUGCUCCUGUCCCUGUUUGUAGGCAUAUAACGAAAAAUGAAAAUAUUUACUCACCCAGUUCCAGCGAAAGGGCUCUCUUGGCGUUGCUCAGCUCUCCUACUGGGUUAUGUCAUGGAGGACCCCCAUCCAAUGCUUCUCAAAGAGGAGAAUUGGGGACCUAAUGUGCAUGGAGCUGCACACGCAUCCAAACUUUCCUGUAGGGAAGCAUUGAAUCAGUGCUUCAUCACAUGGCCCAGUGGCUGUCAUACUGGGAAUUACCCUGCUGUGUAAACAUUGCAGGGUUAAGACGACAGGGGAAUUGGUCUGGGUGACAGUAGUGAAAUUCACCUUGAAUAUAAAUAACCAGUAUGAGUAUUAGUUAUUGGUUAACCAGAGUGGAAUACAGUUGAUGGGAACAUAAUAAAUAGAUAUUAAAAGUGAGACAUACUUUGACUGCUAGUUUUAACACAAAUUAGAAGAUGUAACUCUAGAGAUUAUGGAAUCUUAGCUUGUUCGUGUCAGUUUGGGUAAAACGUUUUACAUUGAAUUCCAGUUUACCCAAUUGUUGAGAGCUGUGAAAAACGUAUUUCUUAGUUCAACUGCUUUUUUUGUUCUGCAUAAUUCUAGGAGAUCUGGUAUUGGGGCAAUGCCGGGAAAAGGAUUUUCUAUUUUGCACCCUUGAAAUCCCAAAGAUAGCUAAAAGACUAUGAUUGCAUCUCUCACUUAGGCCUUUUUCCACGGGCUGAAAGAUGGCUUCAAUCAGAAUGGAGAUGAUGUACCUUACCACAAAUAUACUGUGCUUGAAGCACAGCUUCUGAUUGCUAGACACCGAGAAAGCACAAAUAAACAGAAGCCUGUUUUACAGCCGCCACAGACUGUUAUAGAUAGUGCUGCUGAUCUGAAAUGUCAGGGUACAUUAACAGUACAGAAAAGCUCUGUAGAUCUUGGCAGAAAGACAACACAAUGAAACCAUUACCUUUCAAAGCUGACUCAUCUUGGCCAGUGCCUAGGACAACCCAGGUGCCCAAACCUUCAGUAAAUCCUGGCACCUGAUUGGUCGUUUCGGGAGAAUAAUGCAACAUUCUUGAAAAGAAACAAAAAUCUAGCCAGAAUGAAUAUAACUAUAACCAUGUGAGUGUGUGCUGGAAGGGGAACGCAGGUACACUGUCAGGGAUGCUUUUAAAUAGAGGGGAAUCACUAGAGACAGUAGUAAUUUAAUGAAUACCUCAGAACAUUCCAAAUGGACAAAGAGGGUAUGCUUCAUUUUAGGGAGAGAGUGGGGUGUGACCAGGGGCGGGGCUAUUCUGAGAAAUUAUAGGUGAGUUACUAAUAACAAUUUAUAGAACUAAAAUAUGAUUUAGAACAAGAACAAUGUAUCUUAUUUACACAGACUGAUUUCUAAACACAUUUAUUGUGGUUUAAAGACACAUUACUGUGAGUAUUAUUGCUGUGGAACUCUGUUAAACUCUCAGACACACCAUCAAUAUGGAGCCCCCAGAAAAGAGGGACAUUAGGAUAGAAAAUAUGGGAUUUGGGCCCAAAAUAAGGACGGUCCUUCAAACAUAGGGACGCUUGGGAUGUAUGGUUUAUGUAGGAUAGAGUAGUUAAUGAAAAAUAUGCCAGUUGUUGCACUUGUGAGUAAUUCCCUCUGCAAAUCGCGUUUUGGCGUGUGUGAGUCAUAAUACGUAAUAGAGGAUACGAAUAAGUACGCCUUGGAUUUCAGACGAUUGGCUUUGAAGAACAACACACACCUAUGCUGGCUCACCAACUUUCCAUAUACUAAUUCCUGCCCAAUUUAUUUUUUGCUGCUUCGAGGGAUCUAGGAUACGUCCUUUUAGACACAAAGGCUUGGCAGAAUCUCACGUGGAGUCGGCACUUAACUUCACUUCCACUCCUUGGAACAUGAGGCCAUGGAUUUUAUUGCGGUUUUAAAGGCAGAUGCAGACUAGCGUCCUUUAACCCUCUGACCAGAUUUUGCAGCAGAUACUGGUAUAAGUUUACUCACCCCGCGAUUUACACAGGCUCACAUUUAUUUAUGUUUCUUUGCAUGGCUAUCCCACGAUUUUCCCGUUCACAGUAGCCCUGCUGGCAAAGAAAAUACUUUUUGCCAAAUUUGAGAAAAUUAAGCGGUAAGGGGUUGAACUACAAUGACCAAAUCUUGGUAAAGAGUGCCUCCCCCUCCAUCAAUGCAGUUAAAAUAUAUAGUACUCUAACUGUAGUAAGUGCAUGACUAUUUCUCUAAAAAAAAUACAUGCUUAAAGGCUAGCGUGUAUGACAUGCAAAACAUACCAGUGAGUCAGAAUAGAAACGAAGAAUUGUUCUCGUUGUAACUGUGCUGGAAUAUUUCAUAAAGUUUAAAUGUUCUGAUUUAUCUCAUGGCUCUGUUUAAACUUAUUUACAAAUGCCUCAUUCUAAAAUCAACAACUCAAUGUGAAUUGACAUAAGUAUAUGGAUACUGCACCAAUCAGUAUUACCAUAUAAUAGUGUAAUCAUUUAUUAUGCAGGCAUUUUUAUCAUAAACGGUGGAAUUAGCAUAUAGAUGUCAUUGAAAUUAUGAUAACUAUGGGGAAAUAUCAGGUAAUAUGUAUUGUGGAACUGGCAUUCAGAGGCUUAUUUUGCCCAUUUAGUUGGACAUUGACGUGUGUUAGAAGUACAGAUCAUCUGAUCGCAAUAUAUUUAUAUAAGAGAUGAAACCAGUAGACUUUCAGUCUGUAAACAUGAUCUCCCAGGGCUGAAUAUCUCUGACAAUCUGACAAUUUACUGGGCUUGUUGGCAGUUCCUGAGAAUUUCCUUGUGUGAUAUGCCAUCUUCACAAUCUCUUUUAGUUUGAUAGAUGGACGAAAAUAAUUAAUUUAUUAUGAAGUGUCUGUCCAGAGCCAAAUAUAUAUAUUUUUUAAUAGAACAUGUGAAGUCAUCGUUUCAGGGUACUGGGCUCUUUGUCCAGCUCUUCAUUUUAACAAAAAUCUAAGAGAUCAAGUAAUGUGCCAGUGUUUCCUGAGCUCACAAGAGAAAUAUUUGAUACGUUUGGGACUGCUUCCUUUGUUUCUGUGAUAUAUAGAUGCAGAAUAAGUUUAUAUCUUCUUACUGGGGAGAUUCCCAACAGUAGCCUAUAUUAGGUGAAGUUUGUACCGUUCCCUGAUCCUUCACCAAAUCCCCUUCAGCUGCCUCGGUAGAUUUGUAACAGUAUAACUGGCAUCUGUUUUUUAUACGGAGUGUGUUUUAGUAAGCGUCUGCUUUCUCCAGAAUUAUGCACCCGGGAUUUAAGCUCAUUAAUACCUACUUCUCACUUACACUGUUCCUCCCAUAUCGGCUAAGUGUUUUUGCCUCAUUGACUGCAAGGGAUGAAGAGUCAAAGUUCCUUAUUAUCCUGCUACAGCAGUAUCUGCUGCUUGUUAUAAAACUGUAAAUAAGUCACAGUUUGGAGCAGCUAUUACAAUGAGACUGUUACACAUUAAUUUUACUCUUGCUUGGUGUUCUAUAAGGGCUCAGUUGCAUCCUAUCUUUAACAAGCCAUGCCAUUCUUUUACAAUGAUUCCCCCAUGUGUUUUAGACAUUUUAGCUUCUCCGGUCACUUAAAGGAACAUUAUAGACACCAUAACCACUACAGUGUAUUUUAGAAUGGUUUGACUUACUACCUGGUCUUCGCUGGGCACAGCCACUCUGUGAGAUGAAGUCCCUGCUUAGGAGCUUCCAUUAGUUCUCAGUCAGAGCUAAGCCCUGCAAUGCAAUGAGCUGAGACCUGCCUGUCAAGCUUAGCUGAGACGGAGAGAUCCUGGCUGUCUUAUGGUUGUAGAGGAGGCGGGGAGCAGUACCUGACAGAUCUCUGGUAGGACGUCAUAUCGUUCUCAAAUGGUUUUAAAACUUACAGAGUAGGGGUUUCAGGGCACUUGGAGUGUUCCUUUAUUUAACAUAUUGUUAAACUUAUUAUCAAGUCAACAUUGUAUAGACAAUAGUUCAUCAGUCAUAGAAUGCAUUUGUAAAUUUUCCCUUAUACAAGGAUGCAAAUAAGUCAAGAAUAAUCUUCUUAAAGGGUAGAGGUGGGUUCAUUUGGUACCUAAAACUUUGCAUCCUCGUGAUGAAUUGUUGGUUAAUGAGUGAUUAUACUCCUACAAGUCUCUAAGCCUGUCUAAUCCUGUAAGCCUAAACCAUGAUCCUAUGAUCCCUUGAGACUACUUGCCUAAUGUUAAGAUUACAUUUUUAAAAUCAUCAAAGUGGAGUGGUAAAAAGUCAACAUAUGUCUUAUUAGGUCCCCACUUUCUGUCGAUGCCUGUUCAGGGAAGAUAUAUGGAAUAUAUAAAGAAAGCAAUAUUAGUGUAGCUCAAACAGAACAGAACCUAUCUCCACUUUAGUUCAAGAGUCUCAAAAUGUAAAUGAACGAGAUAAUAAUAUCGCUGUUCUCAGAAAAAUGGAAUUAGGUUUUUGAAGGAACCCCAAAUGAAGUCAUGAUUAUGAGUUGCGACCCUAUAGCAUUAACUGUCUUCCACUUGGAGAAAAAACUGUAGCAGUAAUAAGGAGACUGCUGCUCACUUGCCUGGCAGAAGAUCUUGCACUGGCUCAGUGUACAGCGACGCUCACCAGAUGGAGGGUCAGAGGAGGGAUGGUGCCUUUAAUUGUAAGGCAUGGGAAGCCCUCUCCUUGCAUUCAUGAUAUUUGUACAGAUGUUUUUUUUUUUUUUUUUUUAAAUCAAGUGGAAGAAUUGGAGUAAACGACUGAGCAAUUAUUUGUCUUUAUUUUCCUCUCCUUAUCUUACCUUACCAUGUUAAAGACAAUUUGCUUUGUGGUUUUAAUAUGUGUAAUGCAGUUGAGUUGUAUAAAUAUUAUUUGGCAAUAGUCCGAUAUUAGCCUAAUUCUGAAUGCAGGCACAGAACCCAUUUUCCUUAGCAACAGACGUGUGGCAUACAUUCCCAAUCAAAACAUUGGGACAGUUUUGUAUAAGAUUUAUUUAAGUCUACUGUUGCUUGCUUGUCUUUGUGAAACUUGAAAUUUAUAUAUAAUCUACAAUAAAACUAGUGAACGCCAAGUAAUAAUGAUAAAAUACAUAUGACAUUACCCUAAAACCUGUUUGAAGCACGAGCAAUGGAUUGAAUCAGCCAUUCAAUACAUAUUUCUAUAGCUUCCUUCCAGGUAUAUAGCUCAGACCACUUCAUCUCAAUGCCCUUUAGUUUUAACCCUGGAAUGAUGUUUUGUAGAAACUGCAAUGUUUCCAUUGCACAGUUAACACACCUCUAAUGGCAGAACUUAGAUUAGAGCAGCAUUUAAUUGGCAGGGCAAUAUGCUUCCCUGUGAUGGAAGUUUUGGAUUGGUUGAGAUCAUCAAGGUUGACCCCUAAACCACUACAGCAGGCAUGUCAAACUCAAAGGCUAGCACGGGCCAAAUAAACACAUUUUAUAAAUAUUUUAUUUUGAAAAGUACAGUCUAAAAAAAAAACCAGCACCCUCCUCUACUAAACCCCAGCCCCCCCUCUACUAAAUCUCAGCACCCUGUUUAAAAAAACAAACAAAAAACAUUAUUAGCCAACAAGCAGACUCCAUUCACAUUGCCGCUGUCAGUAUACGACUCCAGAGUCCAGCCUCUGGUAUACCCCCAAUUGCGCCGCUGCACCCUGUGCCAAAGCGGAUCCUCCCGUUAUUCCUUGAAACGCUGUAAAGGUGGAGCAUGUUGACGUCACGUCUGAAUGUGACAUGGCGUUGCGUGCCUCCGAGCACCUCCAGGUCCUCCACUAUCCAGCCGCGGCCAUCACAACACUGACCAACACACACCCUCACUCACUGACAGACACACACUUACUGAUAGACACACACACACUCACUGACAGACACACACUUACUGAUAGACACACACACACACUCACAGACAGACACACUCACUGACAGACAGACACGAACACACUGACACACACACACACUGACAGAUACACAGACAUAUUUACGUGCACAGUUUAGUGAUGCUGGGACGGAAUGACGUCUUAUUACAGCACCCGCCAUCACCACAGAGAGCACGCGUGAGGGAGCAGUGAGGAGCAGGAAGAAUAGACUAAGCUCCCUUGCUGCCACUAGCGAUAUCUCCUCCCGGCCAGUUAAAUUUUAGCAGAGUAGGCACCUGUAAUGUGGGGAGAGCAGGUGCCUACUGUGCCUUAAUAUGUCAAACUCGUGGCUCACUGGGCCGCAAAGAUAUUCAUUGUGGGCCGCGAGCUUGACAUGCUUGCUCUACAGCAAUACUAAAGUGUUAGGAAUGCAUUUUUGUAUUCUAAAGCUAUAAUGUCCCUUUAUGUAAUGGUAAGGUCUUCUUCAACAUAUGUCCCUCUUUUGUCAAUUUUUAUAACAACAUCCCAAGUAGAGAUGGUUAAUUAGCCUAUAGUGCUAGAUUAACCCUACUCCAAGUUUAUUGGUGGCUGACCUAAGGCACCUACAAGAUACACAGCAGGGGCAGUACUUCAAACUGGAAAAUAAAAAUAUCAUAGAAAAAGUGAAGGUAAAAUGCCCUACAAGUAUUCGAAUGGUUUCAAGAUUUGAUAUGUGACUGUUGUAUGUACUUACCUGCUCCCUACAGCAUUAAUAGAGUAGAGUAUUACAAUCACCUCUUGCAUAGCUUUAAUGAAACACAUUGGCUGAUUCUCCCAACCAUUGGAUGCUGCCCAUAUCUGGGCAGAAAUGGAUAUUGCUAAUGCAAAAAUGGAACGUUAAAAGUAGUAGGGUGCCACGCAAGGGAUGGGGCUAUGGGAUACCCUCUAUUUGUGUCAAACCACUGAAAAGGUUUGACACAGAAUGGGGGACCAGCACCAGGGUCAUGUCUCAUGGCUCAGAUCUCAUUUUUCUCAUCUUUGUCAAAGUACCAUGAUAAACAUCACCAUGGUACUCAACUACUGGUAUCAGCAAUUCGGAGCUUGAUAUUGUCAACUAGCAAGGCUGUAUUCGGAGAGUGUGCACGUGGUGAUUCUUCCAUAGUAUCUACUCAUAGGAUUUAAACCCAAUUUACUAAUGUUGCAAACAAGGAAGCCUUACAGUUUUAGCAUUCAAAUGUUAAUAUUCAGAUUCUACUAAUAAAGUACUAUGUUUUACCUCUAAGUAACACUCCCUAGCCCCUCACAACUUUGGACGUACUUUGGCAAUGUAACCAUAAUAAUGGCUGUCCUGCCAAACUGCAGUAAAGAAACAAAAUUUCUUUAAACGUACGGUAUUUGCGUAUCCGGAAUUAAAAAAGAGAUGGAUUUUUUUGUCUUUUUUGUUCAUGCCCAAAUGACUUUUCACAGCUCAGGUGAAAGGGACAUUCAUCUCGUAUACAACAAUUUUCCAAUGGUAGCCAGUCUCUUCAAAGCCAUCUGUAUAUCCGCAGAGGAUAUUUAACAAGUCUGUUUAUAGGAUUUACAGUGGAAUAUAGAUCCACCUGUUCUACUUUAUAGACUUGGAGCGAUCGCUUAAAUAUUAACCCCUUGUAGACAGUGGUCAUGUGAAAAAAAGGUUUGAUUACCAAUUAUUUAUGUGUGAAAACAAUGAAAAUCCAGUUAGAAGAAUUUUCCAUUAUUUCAUUGCUUCAUUCCCAUCAAAAUUACUCUAUUUGCUCAUAUACGUAGACAUUCGGAAAUGCCAUUUUUUUCCGGCUUGCCAGUAGUCUAAGGUUUCAGUGGAAUGUAAAUGGAAGCAAAUGGUUUAGAGGAAAUGACAUUUGCAGGGCUGUUUAACCCCUUGGUAUUUAAUCUUCCUUUUUUUUUAUCUAUACCCUAAUAAAACCUCUAUGAAUUUGAUUAAAAUAUUGAUAGCAGAAUUCUCUUAAAAAUGUCACCUUGCUGAUUGCUGCCAACGCUAUAAAGAUUGCUGCCAACGCUAUUGCUUUUUGGUCUAGCCACUGCAGAUAUAUAAUGCUGUAGAGUGGAACUGUUAUAUGACAAAUUGUGAAAAGGGAAGUACAAGAAAAGGUAAUCAAUGAUGCUUGAAGAUGUUGACCUCCAUUCCCCAUAAUUCUUGACUAGGUACAUUUUCUGGGACUUGUAGUCUUACAGUGGCUGGGUCUAAAGCUGGGUCUGAUCCAAUUUGAUCCAGUUUCAAAGUGUGCUCUCAGGUUCUUGCAAAUUACAUAAAUUUUACUUUAAGCAAUUUUUUUUCUAGACCUGUAGGUGCUCUCCCUUUAUUUCAUGUUGUCUGACUGGAUGUAUUUUUAGUUUACUCUCAUAACUGCCAAUAAGAUUGUAUAGUCGUGGCCCAGCCGAAGUUGAAUAGCCCAACCAUUCAAGUAGCUUGUUCUGAGCGGGUAGUCACCAAAGGGAAGCUACUUGAACUGUCGUCCAUGCUCAGUAUUUAACCUGUAAUCUUAAUACUUUAAAGAGUAAUCCAUACCCCUUGUGUGCCUAGAGGGGUAUUGGCUAUACUUCACAGACGAGUUCUAGCAAGGUCGAAAUUAUUGUCUAGGUUAGCUGUAUAUUUCGUGCAGAGAGGGCCGGCCUGCAUUUUGGUUGUGGACCGCCCUUGGGUAGGAUCAGUCUGAUAUGUAAAUGGCCUAUGUUCUGUUUGUAAUCACCAGCACCAGAUGAGCUAAAACCAGCUUGAGAUCUGAGCGGGGGACUAACCGAACUGGUCUCAGUAUUCUCUUGCACCCUGAUUGUUUUUGCUGUCCAUUUAAUAAAAGUUUAAUGUUGAAUGGAACCCUUGCAUAACUUCUAAAUCGUAUAUGUUGAACUGUAGCUUUCUUGCUUCUGGAUCUUCAUAGAGACAGUGACAGGUGCCUGGUGGACCCCAGGUAAAAAGUGCAUUAGCAAACAGUUUAACUAGAUACAUAGGGAGGAGGUGGUGCCAGGAAACUCCUGGCUCCAUAAAUAUCAUGGCAUGCUGCAGUAGUUAUGGUGUGUGGGUUGUUCCUUUAAAUGUUUUCCUGGCAUGUCUCUUUUAAAGAGAUUUCUCAAUAUUUCUUGUAAACAACGACAACCGCUCACAGUUCAGAAAACGACUAGGCAGCCGUGCUCUGGAGACAUGUCAUUUGUAGGAUUUACAGAUAUAUAUUUAUAUGUAUAGUGAUUUUUCCUGCUCUGUUUAUACAGCUGGGAGGAAUAUAUAGUGUUGAUGUCUGUGUCUUCACAUUUAGCCUGCACAAUUCGCUUGAGGUUUCCUUUCAGCCUUGGUUAAUUAACCCCUCGGCUGCCUGAGUAGACCUUGACAGAUUGUGCAUUGGCGAACAAGCUUUUAACGAUUUUUGUGCCCCUUCUUGCCUGCGGACAUUGUCUUCUGACAUGGUGGCCUGGUUUAUCUAAGUACAUAGCUUUGUCAAAUUCACUAGGAUUUUUCUCACUCUAUGAUCUAAUAAAGCUGCAUCUGCUUGCCAUUUUUACCUCAAUUUAUUAGAUCUACCUCAAAAUGACAUCAAUGACUCAGAUUUGCUCUUCACUAUAAUGUCAGGCAGGUUUACAAGGACGUGAGGUAAUUGUGGUUGAGUGACCAGACAUUCCAUCUAAAGCAAGAUGAAUAUGGGAAAUAUAUGCUGCACGGCUGUACUUAAAGUGCUGCUACCCUGCUGGAGCCUAAACCUUCGUUAAAUGUGAUAUAUUGCUGUUUAGUAAGCAGUGCUUAAUUUCUCCAAGUAUAUGUUAAUGAACUGCACCCAUAAUGGCAGUAUUUUGUAAGUGUGCGUUACAUACCUCCCGACACAGGGAGGCAGUAACCCAGGGCUCUGGUAAAGAAGCAUAUGAGAAGGGUGUGUCAGCCUGUCUUGCCAACGAGCUCUUCAUAUACACAGAGUGCUCCGGGAACUGGCAGACCUUUGCUUUAUAUUAAUCUAGAUGUUCUCCAGGUUCCAGAGAAGCAAAACACUAAAAUGAACUGGGUGACUGGCUUCAGGUCCUAUUCCAAGAUAGGACACAGUGUAUCUUUAAUUACAUUAUUUGUUUCUCUUACUGCCAUCUUCCCUUAUUGGCCAACACGUAUUGUGAAACAAGUAUCAAAAUGCCCAGCACAUAUCAAUAGGUGAAAAAGCCCUCAAAAUGUUUUUUUUUUAUUUGAUUUCCUGUAUUGAUGUGUGCUGGACUUUUAGAAUUCUAAACUGAAUGGUUGUAUAGCCCAAGUCCAUGCUUUCAUUUUAAAGGAUUGUGUACACAUAUGUGAGUGGUGCUCAGGUAACCUUGUUUAUGUAUCCCUAUUAUUUAUUUUUGUAUUUUUGUCUUUUUUAUAGGAAUAGCAAAAUAAACAUUAUUAUUAAUAUUUUAGAAUCCUGGAAAGUGCAACCCCCUCAUCCUUCUGCAAACCUUAGAAUUCUCUGCUAUAACUGUUUCAGAUCUCCUCCAGUUAACCCAGCUCCUGUAAAUCUAAACACACGCAUGUUCCACGCCUGGAGCAUCUUCACUGGGACACCAGCAGAAUUUCUUACUAGGUUUAUAUAACCUGAUCUACAUGUGUCUGAUUUCUGACAGGAAAUUUAUAGAGUCCAUUAAUUCAACAUUAGAUCAUCUUUCCUAGAGGCUUUUUUUUUUCUCCUCCCGGUCUAUUUUAUAGAUUCCAGUGUUUGGGUUUUUUCCACUUAAAAUAGAAUUUACGCUGUGUAAUCCAGACAUGCCUUAACACUUAAGUGUGUCUCCAGAUUUAAAAGGGUUAAGAUCGUUGAACAAGAACUUUAAAAGUGAUGUUUCAAACUUGAAUCGGAAAAUGUAAGUAGUUUUUGCUUGUGUGCAACCUGAUAAACUGUCAUUGUGAUGUCUGACAAUACAAUCCAAUAUAAAACAUAGUGGUUAACUGAAUUGGCAGCCGUACAAUGAAGUUGAAAUUCCUUUCACCCAUUAAGCUUACAAUCUAUUUUUGAGAUGUAAUUUGGAGCUUGGAACAUGUCAUAAACUGGCCAGUGCCACAUCAAAAGGCCUGUCUUUAUGGCAAGGCAACUUUUUAGGUCCUGUGUGUAGUUUGUCCUGUGAUUACAACUGUCUAUUCUUCUUGUCAGAUGUGGGUAAGCUUUUUUUAAUCAUCGUAUUACUGAUAGGGAGGGGUACAACAGCUCUCUCUGUAGGUUAGGACCUCAUAAUAUAAGGUUUAGUUAAAAACAGGAGUUUCUGUCCAUUUAACUAGCUCCCCAGUAGUGAUUUGUAAGGAACAAUUCCUGUCUAAAUGCAGUUAUAAAUGUACUGACUUGUCAUUUAUCAAAUCGCCUUCAUCUGACCUUUGCAGUGUCUGAGACUCUUGUAUACAUGCAUUCCUUUUAAAAUUAAUAUAUAUUGUAUAAUGUAUAAAUAUACCUACAAUGGAGGCUAGUUUUAUAGCAGAUGCACUUGCCACUUUGCACUUUUUAUUUUCUAUGGGCAACUGUCACAUAAUAGAUUUACUAGUCAAUUGAAAACUGAAGUGUAACAUUCAUACCAAAAAUAAUUAGGAAAAAUUCUCCAGCUCUACUGUUUGUCAUAGUCUGGCUAUUAUGGCCUUACAGCAGCUUUGUCAUCUCUGAGCAUUUCAUAAAGGUAUAAUCCUUAUGAUACUUAUGCUGACUAUGUUGUAAAAUCAUUGAAAUUCCAAUGCAAUCCAAAGAUAUCGUAAGAUACAGUAGGGACUAAUUUGUCUUAUAAUAAAGACUAAAGGCAGAUCUCUCCUAUCAACGUUUGUCCUUUCCCAGCAAGUUUAUCCUGAGAUGUGAUCUAUGUAGGCUCCUGUGGGAUACUCCAUCUACGGGAUCUAUGUAGGCUCCUGCGGGAUACUCCAUCUACGGGAUCUAUGUAGGCUCCUGCGGGAUACUCCAUCUACGGGAUCUAUAUAGGCUCUUGCGGGAUACUCCAUCUACGGGAUCUAUGUAGGCUCCUGCGGGAUACUCCAUCUACGGGAUCUAUGUAGGCUCCUGCGGGAUACUCCCAUCUGCGUGAUCUAUGUAGGCUCUUGCGGGAUACUCCAUCUACGGGAUCUAUGUAGGCUCCCGCGGGAUACUCCAUCUACGGGAUCUAUGUAGGCUCCUGCGGGAUACUCCAUCUACGGGAUCUAUGUAGGCUCCUGCGGGAUACUCCAUCUACGGGAUCUAUGUAGGCUCCUGCGGGAUACUCCAUCUACGGGAUCUAUGUAGGCUCCUGCGGGAUACUCCAUCUACGGGAUCUAUGUAGGCUCCUGCGGGAUACUCCAUCUAUGGGAUCUAUGUAGGCUCCUGCGGGAUACUCCAUCUACUGGAUCUAUGUAGGCUCCUGUGGGAUACUCCAUCUACGGGAUCUAUGUAGGCUCCUGCGGGAUACUCCAUCUACGGGAUCUAUGUAGGCUCCUGCGGGAUACUCCAUCUACGGGAUCUAUGUAGGCUCCUGCGGGAUACUCCAUCUACUGGAUCUAUGUAGGCUCCUGUGGGAUACUCCAUCUACGGGAUCUAUGUAGGCUCCUGCGGGAUACUCCAUCUACGGGAUCUAUGUAGGCUCCUGCGGGAUACUCCAUCUACGGGAUCUAUGUAGGCUCCUGCGGGAUACUCCAUCUGCGGGAUCUAUGUAUGGUGCUGGGUACGCCAUACAUCUCAGUGUUGUAAUCUCAUGCAUGAAAGUACAUCACUGACACAGCUUCUGGUAGAUGAAGCGCCAAGAGCUGAAGAGGGUCCCCCAGAAUUAGUUGGCAGCAGUCACGAGGGACAGCUUUAGGUAAGUGUACCUGCUUUCCACUGCACCCUGUGGACACCGGAUCUAAAGCGAAGCAGAGAUGUCAUUUUUAGGCAUAGCAGGAUUAACCAUAAGGCAGCAGUAGGUGACCAUCUAGGGCCCAGAGUUUAGACAGGGACCCUGGAACCAUGAAUUUGAUUGGCCCCAUUAACCAUCUAUGUGUCAAGAAUGAAAGGAGGGGGCAAACUGGUAACCUGCCGAUGGCCCCAUGGGAUCUUAAGGAUUACUCCAACCUUUGUUCACCCUUUGCUUUUUUUGUUGCUCUAAAACCUACCUGUAAUUAGCUAACCUUUAAUCUACCUCCUCUGUCUGAUGUUACAGGGGGCCUUGCUCGGUCCAAUCACAGGCUUUAUAGAGAAGCCUGUGAUUAUAUGAUUUUGCUGGCUCAGGCCCAUAAGUGGUGCUGGUGGGAGGUAUUCAAUUAAAAAAACAUUCAAAACUAACACACCAUUAACACAACAGAGGAGUGAGGGAGCACACAGUGGGAAGUAAAGGGAUCUGCCUGAGAAGAUUAUCACGUCUGUCAGUGCAGAAUAUGCACAGAAUUGACCGUCUGGAUCAGUGUUCUAGGCUGCUUAAAUCACGUGUGCCAGGGUGUAAAUUGACCUUGGCACAUCAGUGCAAAUAUUCUGGAGUGCAGUUUUUUUAAGGCAUAACAUUGCACAUCCAAACUUCUACUAAUUUGACCACUUCAAAUCACUGAAAUGGUCAUGAUGGUUGGAGUAAUCCUGUAAUCCUUCUCUGCCUUUGGGAGUCUUUGCAAAAAAAAGGCUUCCAAAAGUGAAACAUUAUGUUUAAUUUUUGCCAAUUUUUUUUUCUGUUCACCACCCUUCUACUCUGCUAAUUUGGGCUACAUUUUUCAAGCUUCCUAAUUUUUAUGACGGAAUAGCCUGAUUGUGACUUUGCAUUAAGAUGAAUUGAAAUCUUGUAUAUGGCUCUCAGCAAUGAGCAAUCCUAUAUCUCUCUCCCCUGUGUGGUUAUUCACCAAAUAGGGGGACUGUGGAGAGUUUGUGAAGGGAAUUGUUUUAGCCCCAAAUAGCCAAGCUCGAGAAUCAUCAAGGGUAUGCAGCCUUUUGUGAUGAACAAAUGUGUCUUUUGUUGUUUUGUUUUUUUUAAAUGCUGACCCAGAAUGUGUAAGGGAGAUGUUGAUUCAGCCAAGUCCUUUGGGAGCUGAGCGGAAAGAAGAAUAUGUUGUUUCUGUUUUUUUAUAGAUUAAAGGUUGCUAGUGAUGUCAUUCUAUAUGAUGCUUCUUCCCGCAUUCAGAUUUUGUGCAAUCUUGGUUUUGACAGCACCAAAAAAUCUGUCCUUUGAGAAUUCCCAUGCAGCCGCCGUGUCUGGAGCUGAUGGACAGAACUAGGGAAUCCCUGACCUCGAACACAGGGAGUCUUUUUAUUAUUUUGUGAAAAAAGAGCCAUUGUCAUCAGUUAAUUACUGUAUCUUUCAGUUUAGCUACAUUGCUCCUAUAGCCAUGUAAAGAUGACUAAGCUGUGAGCAUAUAUCUUAAUGAGGAUUAUCGUUUGAGCAGCUGUGUUGGUCCUGAGGAAGUGUGGGCUGAGGGCAAUGUAUGAUAUCUUUCCAAUGUCCACAUUACUAUGGAGACUCAUUUGUACACUUCUUGCUGCUCGAAACACAGGAAAAUGUAACCUUAGGGAAGCCAUGAUGUGCAGACCAUUCAUCAUUGCUUCCAGAGAGGCGAUGGGUGAAUUAAGCCUUCAGAGGGUUCCAGACAGGGUAUCAAAUUAGGCUUCUAAUCCUUAAACACUCAAUUUACAAAAAGGCUGACUGCACCAAGUACAAUGACAUUAGCUGUGGUGUGUGUGUAAUGUGUGUGUGUGUGUGCUGGCUGAAUGUAGUGUGUGUGUGUGUGGGUGCUGGCUGUAUGUAGUGUGUGCUGGCUGUAUGUUGUGUGUCCUUGGUAUAGCUGAAACAGCUAAUACAGAUAUCCAGGGAACAUUGGAAGUAAUUGCCUUGACAUAUUCCUCUUCAUCAUCUUAAUAGGAAAGGAAGGUAGGAAGCAGUGAACACAACUCGGUGUGCUUGGCAGCGGAAGGUGCAGUUUGCCACAAAGGGUGCAAUAAUAAGCAAUGUCACUGACCAAACUAGUCUUGCCAUCACAUAAAGUCAGACUCUUUGUGCCAUAUUAACCCAUUAAGGACACAUGACAUGUGUGACAUGUCAUGAUUCCCUUUUAUUCCAGAAGUUUGGUCCUUAAGGGGUUAAAGGGAUACUAUAGGCACCCAGACCACUUCAGCUUAUUAAAGUGGUGUGGGUUUAGUGUCCCUGUCAGUUUAACCCUGCAAUUUGAAUUAUUGCAGUUUUUGAUAAACUGCAAUUAUUACAUUGGAGGGUUAACUCCAUCUCUAAUGGCGGUCAUACAGACAGUCACUAGAGGUGCUUCCGGGUCUGUAGGCGACUUUUGGUAGCCUGUUUGACGCUGGACGUCCUUGCGCUAUGGACAUCCAGCGUCCGCUAAAACCUCAUAGGAAAGCAUUGAUUCAAUGCUUAUCUAUGGGGUUGUCCUAAUCCUAAUACAAUCGCUGCGCAUGAUCAUUAUGUACCCAAUGUUGGGGAGGAGGAGCGAAGGCAGAAGCUUUCCCAGUGCAGAAGGACAUCUGCAGGGGAGAGGGAAGGGGUGCGAGGGAGGAGUGCACUAAAGGCUAGGAAUACAUUUUUGUAAAGUCCUAGCAUAUAGUUUCCCUUUAAAUUAUAUGGGUAUUUUAUUUGAAUUUUUUUUAUUAAUAUUAUUAUUUUUUUAGUGCUGCGAGUUACAGACAGGCUUGAGUUGCCACAACAGCAAGUACAAGCUAGUAAAGCAAUACAUAUUAAACCGUUUCAUGGCAUUAGAUAAUAACACAAUUUUUUAGUAGAUUCAGGUUAGUUACAAAAAUAAUGAAACAAGCGUUAUAGGGAUGUCAGAGGUGUGAAAUCAGCAUUUUACAUAGACUGACUAUAUGAGUGGUCUUAAUAAGAGAUGACAGAUAGCAGGUCAGUAGUGAUUUAAGGGAGAAAUGAGGAUAAUUCAUGCUGUACUGACUGACAAUGCUAUUAACAGUAGUACCACUGGGUAGUAAAUAAUGGCUUAUAAACAAAAUUAUAGAAUUGCGAUCUCAUGUGUGAUCCAAGUGGUAAGCUAAGCAGCCUUUUCUGCUUGUCACGGGUAAGUGAAGGGCCAAACUCAGUCAUACCAAGCAUAUACAUCUUAGGUGACACGCUAGAACCAGCUAAACAAGUAGUUUCUAAAGAUAAGGCUAGUUUGAGUCAGAUAUGCAGUCCAUGGUGGGCAAAUAAGGAGAAAAUGUAAGUCUCUGCAGUGCCCAAAAGGCUGGCAUCUAGUACCACAGAUUAGCGUUUCCACUUAGCUCUUUCAGCCAAUGCCUGUAGAUUGAAGGCCACUAUUCUUCAUGCCUGGCUCAGCUUCACCUCUCUCCACAGUGUGUUGCUGGAAGGUGACUGCAUCCGGUACAGGAGUGGAGGGUAUAAUCCACAGUGCCGUGCUUGUGCUCCUCUGUGAACCCCAGCUUCCGCAGGAGCCUACAUAGAUCCCGUAGAUGGAGUAUCCUGCAGGAGCCUACAUAGAUCCCGUAGAUGGAGUAUCCCGCAGGAGCCUACAUAGAUCCCGUAGAUGGAGUAUCUUUGCUGACGAUGGGAGCGUGGUGCCUCUGGCGCUCCAGUUUGUGGGGGGGCCUUCUGGGUAGGUAGACUACAGGCUGGAUGUUUGUCCAAGACGGCCCACAGCCCAGAAGGGGAAAAGCUGUGAGCCGGAACUGUGUUGUGAGUUGGCAGCUCAGCAUGUGUAGAUGAGGUGCCGGUCCUGUCUGUGAUACGUUGCCAAAAUGCCUGGCAGAGUCGAUCGAAUUUGGCCUCGAACAAUUCCUUCCAUGUCAGGCCCUCUGAACUUAGUGGAUACGAUAGUGUAGUGACCAUCUUAGCACAGCCACGAGGUCUCAAGAUCAGCACGAGUGUUUCUACUUUGCAGAGUAAGUAGCUCUUCCAGGACCAAGAUAACCCCCACCAGUCCAAAGGGGGGAAGCGUGGCUCAGGCAAUAGUCAAUGCGUCGUCAAGGCGGGAGAUCGGCCACGUCUCCCACCUUGGAACCAACAACAGGCUGCGAUGAGCUUCAGUGGGGCCAGUAAGAUCGGUCCAGGAGGUGCCCAGGUUCUCCCCUGAUAUCUUGAAGUGUUUUCAAUUUCAAUAUUUGCAGAAAUGCACACUUUAUGGAGUUAAAUUGCAGGUUUAGUUGGGGAGCUCCCUCUGCAUGCAUCCUGCUUGCUUGGCAGCCCGGCCCUGCCCCAUCAGGGCAUUUUUAUGUCAACUGGUUCUCAAAAUAACUUGAAUAUUAACACUAUAGGCACUGAGACCACUUCAUCUCAUUGGGUGCAGUUUCCCUGUCUGCAAGGCCUCUUGCAUGGGAGGGCUGGCCAAGGUGGCAUUUGCCCCCUUGGGCCACUAGCAUGGGGGGAUGUGAGGGAGAGUGUGGGCUUCAGUCUCAAUUUGUCUGAAAAUGUAAAUAGUGGGAGGUAUGUUGAGAUAUCUGUUUGCAUAGUUGUGCCAGGAGUAAAGUGCUGGGCAGGAGCCUGGAGGGACCUUUCCUAGCCCAGCACUGAAUUGGUUUGUGGAAAGACUGCUAGCCUGUGUUCUUAAUGCAUUCAGGGUUAGACUAGCCAACUGGGAUAUUUCCAGGUUAACUUCAGAAUAUACUUCCAGACUGCAAUGUGAUUGUAUGGUAUCCCUGGAAGUGUUUGCCAGUAACCACAGGGUGACAUGAGACAAUGCUCAUGGCAGUUAUUACACGUGCUGGUUGUCAUUGGUGGCAGUGGAGUCAAUAGAAAAUAGAAUCUGCAUCUCUUAGGCAUGCACAGAUCUCUGAAUAGACUGCCACACUGAUAAAACUCCUCAAUCUGUCAAAGAAAUUUAUAUUGCAUUCUGCAUGUGUGUAGGACAGUCUGUAUGGAGAUCUGAGAGUUUAAUGCAAAAAAAAAGGCCAUUUAUUUGUACUUUCUCACCAGGUCAAUUGUUGCAGCCCUGCCCUAGCCUAUUGCUGUGCACACCUUGCAUUAUUGAUGUACAGACGCAUAGUCAAUAAGCAUGCCUUAAUGAUAUGUAUUAUAGGAAUCUCACCCUCUUUGAAAAGCCAACAUCACCUUUCUAUGACUGGAUCACAUUAUAUGUCACAAUAUGCAUAAUGAUCUAUUCUAACCCUGGUAGACAGUUUAUUUUAGAACAGACUAUCCUUGUAUAUCUAAAAUACAUAUGAUGUGUAAAUUGACGUAUUUAGGUUAUUUAUAAGUAUGUACUUGUCUUUUUACACCCCAUUCUCUGUCCAAAACAUAAACCAUGUACUUUGAUCCCCUUUCUAAAAUCUGCUCAGUUUAUCUUUAUGUAGCAGCAACAAAAAGCCGUCUACAGAUAUUCCUGCAGACAAUAUUUUGGUUGCCCCCUUGAACCCAGGACACGGUUUAUCAAACUUUCUCACAUAAAGGCAAUCCUGUGUAGAAUCACAAUGGGUAAGAAAAUAAAAGCAAACAGACGCAGCACAAGAUCAAUGAAAUGGCAUAGGGACUGUUUAUUCCCACAGUAAGUAUUCCUGUCAAAGCGAGAGACCCCGCUGUCUCUUCUGGAGGAUUUUAAAGAGUUCUGCCUUUGGUCAAAAAAGGCUAAAUUCAAGGAAAGUUCAAAAACCACACUCUGAGAACUGUCCGUUUCCCACCCAAGAUCUUCUUCAGAUAGAAGCUCUAUAUUUCCCACCUCUGCACAAAGUGGAGCACUCUACAAGCUCGCCCACUCUCUGCAUAGAGUCUACACUAUGCCCAUUUAGUGGCUGUAUUUGCACAUCUGUUAGCUGUGAAGAGUCCCCUUGACGGGGAACAUGUGAGAAGCUGCUUUCAUCCCUUAGCCUAGCGAGAGAGAUAAAUCAAAUUGAAAUGGCCACAUAAAAUAUGCAGCUACACAACAUUCACCAGGGAGUCCGAAAUGUCAAACCUUUCCUGCCUUUUAUCUGUAUAUGUUGCUAAGUAAAUGAGGGCUCUCUUCCUGACUCAACCAAGGGAACCUCUUCUUCUUUUUUUCUUUUUUUUUGGGGGGGUGGGGGGGGAGGAUUCAAACCACCUCUGAAACGUUUGUAUUCACGCUUGAUCUUGACAUUUUUAUUCUAAGAGCACGUGCAGUGUACCACAGGCAUGCAACCAGAGCACGUAUUAUGGACUGAUCAUAUCUUCUAAACUAUCUUCCCAUGUGGCCUGUGGCAAAACUAAGGGAUUUAUCAAAUAAGCACUGAGUUAGGUAAAUUGACAGCUUAUUUGCCAAAUUAGCUGAGCUCAAGAAAAUCCAUAAUUCCACUGGACCACCGAAUGUCAGCUGUUAAGGGAUUAAAUUAGGGUACUAUCUGAUUGAAAAAAUGGUUUUAAGUUUCACAUUUCUCUUCUAUGCCUGCUGCAGUUUCUAUUGGGUAUUGAUAGUCUUAAAGCGGCCAGGUUGGUUUUGGGCUCUGGUAGCUGAACAGGAGAAGCCAUUAUUCUUACAGGUUUAUUCAUUGUGAACUGGAAUAAUUCUUAAUUAGUCAGCUAUGCGUCCAUUUCGGCUACUCUGGGCUUGAUUCUGAAAUUCAUUUUGAAAUCACUUAGACUUUAGUGAAUAACCUCGUUCGACUACCUUCAUAUGGUGUGGCGACAAUUGUCCAUCACUACUGUCUUAUUCAGCCCAGGCUCUAAAUCACCAGUAAUAUCCAGGAUUGCAGGUUUACUCAGCUGUAUUUUAAUGGGAAUCAUAAUUAAAACAAGAACCUAAUUAGUGCCAGGAGAGUGUUCUAAGAUGAUAGAUUAACAUUUUCUAUAACAUCAAGGAACAAAACCCCACAUAUUUCUUCAGUGCCAACAUUCACCCAAUUUUGUUUCAAAGUCAAUGAGUCAACAAAUAGAAAGUCUAUUUAGUUUCCAGUUUUUAAAGAGACGCUAUAGUCACCAGGAAAAAUACAGCUUAUUGUAUUUGUUCUGGUGAAUAUAAUCAUUUCCUUCAGGCUUUUUGCUGUAAACACAGUUUUUUCAGAGAAAAUUCAGUGUUUACAUUACAGCCUAGUGAUAACUUAACUGGCCACUCCUCAGAUGGCUGCUAGAGGUGCUUCUUGGGGCAGUGCUGCACCGUGUGACUGAGGGUGUUUCCACCCUCUGCAUGCAGACACUGAACUUUCCUCAUAGACAUUCAUUGAUUCAAUUCAUGUCUGUGAGGAGAUGCGGAUUGACCAGAACAGUGUUUGUGCUGGCUCUGCCCCUGAUCUGCCUACUUGACAGUCUCAGCCAAUUCCUAUGGAGAAGCCUUGUGAUUGGCUCAGACCAACACUUCUGAUGAUGUCAGAGGUCAGAUGCAGUUCACAGGCAGAAGCUUCAGACUGAAAUACAAGUAAGAGUUUACUAUAUGUAAGGAGGCAAGAGGGGUGCAGGGGAGCCAGAUGGUGGUUUUAAACACUAUAGGGUCAGGAAUCCAUGUUUGUGUUCCUGACCCUAUAGUGUUCCUUUGGGAUACUACUGUGCUUGAUGCAUAGUUGAUCUUGCUUUUCUGUCUGUGCUGUAUAAUCCCCUCAUUCAUACAUCACCCCCUAUAUCCCCUUCAUUCAUAUGUUGUGAUCUCCCCCAUUAUGGGUUAUGGAUGUGGCUGCAGCAGAGUGCAGAACCGCAGGGUUAUGUAAUAAAUUCUGGACUCCUAAUAAAAACAAUGAGACAUUUAGGAUUGGUUGAAGAUUGUCACUCACUUCCGUUUACAAAGCUUGGGCAAAAAGCUUGUAGCAAACAAAGGAAUAUCAAAGGUGAGGUUUGGGGGGCGUUCAAUAUAUCGAAUUGUCACAAAUAAUGCAUAAAAAAACUCCUUAACAGGAUAGGGUAAUUGGCUUUCCUGGUAGAGGCAAGAUCGCCGUUAAACUGUAUAUUUAUUAUAUUGUUGAUGAGAGAAAACCUGUUCAUAAUGCUUUGCUUCUUAAAAAAAAUGUACAACUGCUUAGAAUGAAAGGGAUGGUCUGUGUCAUGGAUUACAAACCAUUCCGAUUAUAGAAAUGUGGUCUGGUGCCUUAGUGCCAAGUCCAAGGGAGGGUUUUACCUAUGUAACUUAUGAGAAAACAGAAAUGUUUUGAGGAAUUCUGAAUUUGGACAGUAUGUGCUGUAAUACUUUCCACUAUUUAUUAAAGACGUUCUACUAUCCCAGAGUGGUAAGCAGCUAUGCAGGCCGUCACAGAAGGGAUUUCAAACAUUUGGUUUUAAAGAGGCUUAGUCCCAUUAAAAUAUUUUUGUUAAGAUAUUUUUUCCAUUUGUAAAAUGUAUUUCCAAAUGGUGUAAGAAUCUAUUCAGCAUUCUCCAGAAUUAUAAAACCCUUUGAUUGAACGAGUGGCCUGUUCCCAUCAAUAUUAUUUUGUUAUGGUAAGUUUGUUUACGUAAAGUUAAUUUUGGUAAAUAUUUAUCAGUACUUUUCAGAACUGACCAACUCUUUGCCUUUACAAUGUGAUCAUAGUGUCCUGGUAGUGAAUGAUUUAAAGCAAGGAGACUAUGAAAUCAUGCAUUUAAUGUCAAACCUUAUCAGUUAAUUCCAAUAAUGUAUCUGAUUAAAGAUAUUCAACAUUGUCUCAAUACAGUUAAAGAGACAGAAUCAAUAUUUCUUCUUUCUCGCGAUGAAGCCUGCUUUGCACAUUGAAUACCACUGGUUUGGGGAUUAGGCAGAAUGUCAACAUGUGCGUAUAAGGAUUUUUGAGACAUUCAGUGAGGUUCUGGUAUCUUCCUGUGUGGCUGUAAAUUUGUUUGUCAAAUCCUGUUUAGCUAAUAAGCCAGUAUGUAAUGCAUAGUCACUCCUAGGCAAUAUAUCCUAUAGCUCCAGCUGUGCAAACAAAGCCUUUCUGUUUUACCUAGGCAUCCAAAGACACUCACUUCAUGGCAGUAGGUCAGAGUUCACGCUUGUCCAUACCCCUAUACAAAUCCUGGUUUAAGAACUAUUUAAGAGCAGCCUGAUUUACACUUGCUGUCAUUUUCCCUCAUUUUGAAAUCACACUCUUGUGAUUCUUAAUAUAAACCCCUUUAAUACCUUGUACUGGGCAUCUACCUGACAUUUAAUUCAGGCAUUGCUUUCAAGAACUUAUCUCCGUUACUUUUCAUCAUAAUCUGAAAAUUAAAAUAUCAUGUAGUGUAGCACAUCCUUUGGAUGGCUAUAACCCUUUGAGUGUUGAGAGGGUGUGUGUUGAAUACGCAUUUUGCACUCAAAGGAUUAAACUUCAGUAAGCUUGGAGACAGAUGACAGCUUAGCGCAAAUAUGUGUUUGCUUGACAAGAAAUAGUUAAAUUUGUGCGAAAAUGACAAAGCUGAACAAUUAAUUUUAGUGGAUUGUUGAGAUUUGACUUAGAUAAAUGGUUACAAGUUAUCUUGGCAGCCUGUGCCCUCCAUCUUCUGCUCUCUGUGUGUUUUGAUUACAUCAUGAGUAGCUUUCCUUUCCCCAAGUUGGUCCCAGGACAUAGAGGGGGUGUAUAUGAAUCUGUUAAUUCCAUCAGUGCGGGUAUGAAGGAUAACAGAAGCAAACCUCCUGUCUGCAGGGAAAAAAGUAAGAGUAAGAAUCAGCAGAAUGUCUAGAACUACCUUAACUGUCAUCUUAACUAGCUCUGUCAGUACAUAGUAGAUCAUCAAUCAGUCACAUUUAAAUCACAUUUUAUUCGCUAGCCACACUUUAGUAAAGUCCAUUUAUUAAAUAUUCAAAUACAUUAACUGUUCUUAUUUUGUCAGUUUUUCCAUCGAUCCAAGCCUUCAGGUCAUUCAGGAAUUGGCUGGACUGUUGCAGUCAUUCUCUGGGCUGUUAUUCAGGUGUAUAGAGGAACCAUUAGGCAUGAAUAACGAUGCCAUGCACAUGCUCUCUAAUUCCUGCGAUAUGGCCUCAUCGGGCUCUCUGUUCACCAGCAGUUUUUAUUUUUUGCUGUGCAUAAAGAUAUAAAACAUGUUUGCAAUGUCCCAACACCAAGUGCAUGUACAUCAAUUUACGUGACAGAACAUUGUAGGACAUUUUGAGGGAUUCUGCCCACAUUUUUAAAGAUAAAAUGGGCAGGUUUACCAUACAUCUCUAGUCAGUGAAGAGAUACUAAACUUGUGGACAGAUAAAACGUUCUAGAUAUAUAGGAUGUAAACUGUAGGUAAAUGUAAUAAAACAUACUAUGCUAACAGUAAUAACCAAUUUGCUUGGAUGUCACUGGGUACUAGCCACAAGAGAGAAACAAAUACAAAUCUUGGUUAACAGGUGCAUUUCGGCAGGACCUCCGCCAUCAGGGACUCAUCCAAUGCCACAGGUAGGACACCAUAGACAGUCUGUCUCACCUCCACCAUUUCACCUCUCAACUCAAUCCAACAAUGUAAGAGCAGCCGGGUUUAAUGCUUGCAGUCUGUGCUAUGUCUGCUUCUCCAGGAUUCUCCACCACCUUAAGCCCAGGCCUUUAUGGGAGCUGGUGCCUUCUCACCAAGAACCCUGGCUCUUCAACUGGUAGGUUCGUGGUAACUCCUGAAUUCGGAGUACCCUCCAGGCACUUGGAUAGCUGGGAGAAUGUGCCUCCACGUGGGCCUCCGGCCCUGAGUGAGGUUGAUGGUCGGACAGCAUCUUGAUGUUCUGGCAUUGCAGGUAAGGUAAGGGUGCAAGGUGCAGUGAACGUGUCUCCAGAACGCCCCACAGAGCUCUCCAAAUCAAGCUUCAAAGCAUGCUAUCCAUCUCUGGAGCUCUGUGCCCUCCUGGGAUUGUGGAAGUUUAAUUGUGGAGGCCAACUAAGUCUCUCCAGACAGACUCCCCACUGGCAUAAAAUUCCAAUGUGGCAGAGAGGUAGGUUUCCCCAAAGGGGACUGAGAUAUCCUCUACCUGUCCAUGAAAGUCGCUGUACAAAGUGUAUCCAAUGUCAGGAGAUCGUCCGCCUCCCCCAGUCACCAAGCACGCCAGUCAUGCUAGACUACAUAGCCAGACAGUGUGAGUUCUUGGUAGAAUGGUGUGGAUCUUGCACUCAUGAGUACCUACUCAGUUUGACGUUCACGCAGGGUUGAAACCACUACAAUUUUGAUGAAAAAAAGCUUAAAUGAAACCCAAUUUUUCAUUAGUUGUUAAGAUGCUUAAUUGGCUAUCUUGGCUAUCUUGAACAUCAAGCCCCGCCCCUCACCAGUGGUAAUGAAACAACUGCUCCCUGCGAUUUCCCUUCACCUGUAUGAACUUUAGUUCUGUACUACUGGCUGUUCUGUACAAAUGGAGGAAUUGUUAUGGAUUUAUUUCACAAGUGUGUCCAUUGACAGCCACAUUGUGCUUGUCCACAGGUUUCGGGCAAUACAUACAGGUACUUGCAUGUUUCCUAGUUUGUCUCUGGAAUCAUGUUGGAAGGGGGCGACACAUGGGUGGAGCACUGGUACAUAUGAUAAAAUAUUGAAGGGAUGCUCUGUCAGACACCUACUUGCUUAGCUACCUGGAAUCCCCCUUUAAAUGGGAAGAAUAGCCAUUGAAUAUUUGAUGAAUGAGAUUGAGUAUUCUGUUAAAAAACAUGGGAAUAUGCAUUCUUACAGUCAGAUCACAGAGCCACAGAAAAUCAAUGUAAAUUAUUAAGGAUGAUAGUCGAUUAUCCUCUACACCUGAUCAAUCAGAGACCGAUAACUUACUGAUUGCGAAUACUGGAGAUGUGUAUCCCUCUCUGACUGGAUGGAGAGACAGAUCAGCCUUUAAUUUUCAUUGUCUGUGGCCCAAUGGCACUAUGAUGGGGUGGCUCACAACAUGCAGUGUAUAUCCUUGUGUGUGUGCUUUUUAUAGAGUAUGAAAUAGAGAUUACAUUAUUAUACUGCUGGUCAGAAUUCUCUUUUAACUGGGGCAUAUCUGUGAUAUGCCUCCUGCAGGACACUGCGGAUUAUAAUGUAACCUUACAGUGUAUCUAUUUAAAUAGUGUCCCCGGUUACCCCUUGUGUAUUUGAGCAAGGAUGGCGGGGGCUAGUUUGGUAACCUGCCUAGUGCCAUUUUGAAUCUGGUGUAAUUGUGUGUGUGGUUGUUUUCUGCAUGGCAUGAGCUGUCAGUGUCUUUUCCUCUGCCACAUCCAAGAACAAGGUGUACGUGUGUGUGUGUUUCUUUAAGGGAGGGCCACGUUCCAAUUAAUAGAGACUGUCUUUUAAAGAAGACCUUGUUGGAUAAAUAGACAGUAAAUGGAACGGCCAGACAGGAGCCGGCUUCAAAUCUCUCACUGCAAGCUGUGAAAAUUGGCAACAGGGUCCGUUUUCCAAAGCUUGCCUGGAUUGUCUGUCUGACAUCUGCAGCUUUCUUAACCCCUUACCAGCUGACUUGUGCCUCUGGUAGUUAAGGGGUUAAAAGUGAGAAUAAAACAUUGAAAAUCACCCAUAACUUUUUUCAUAUGCUUUUUUCAUUUUUUAAAAGCUCUUUAAAUUUAUGUUUAAAGAUUCAACAAAUUACAUCGCAACCCGGUUCAGUUCAGGCACAGCCAUGGCAAAGAUUGCAAAUGACAAAGAGAAACAAAAACAUUGUUCCAUUUCUCCUCAUAUCGGUCUCCUUUCUCUAUGCUGACUGCCAGGUGCAAAAGUCAAAGCUUAUAAAAAUAAUUAACAUGGAGCCAAGAUGGAUGUGGCAGUUGCAGGAUAAGGAGGUGUGAAAUUUAUUAAUUCUUUUUAACUUUCACACCUCUAAAAUACAUGUUUGUGUGUACUUAUUGAAGUGGUUAUAGUGUCUGGGGCCCUCUGGUGUAGGCCUUAAAGGACCACUAUGGGCACCCAGACCACUUCAGCUCAAUAAAGUGGUCUGGGUGCCAGGUCCCUCUAGUUUUAACCUUGCAGCUGCUAUGUUUACAUUGAGGGUUAAUCCAGCCUCUAAUGGAUGUCUCACUGACAGCCGCUAGAGGCGCUUCCGCGAUCCUCAAUGUGAAAAUCACAUUGAGGACAAACUGGACGUCCAUAGGAAAGCAUUGAGUAAUGCUUUCCUAUGGGCGGUUUGAAUGUGCACGCGGCUCUGGCUGCGCUUGCGCAUUCGGACUUGACGUUGGCAGGGGGAGGAUAGGUCAGGACAUUAAAUGAAUAAUCCUUGUGACAGUUCCCCUUUAACAGGAAGGUUUUACGCCAUCUUUCUUAUAACGUAACAAUAUUUUCUUCCCAUCUGUUCUGGUUCUGUUGAGCUCACUCAUCCUGAACUGGUUACAGUUACCCGUGCUUUUUCAAACAACCUAUCCCAUGUAUUUCUUGUUGUUGUUGUUUUUUUUUUUUUUUUAAAAGAAGAAACCUUAAACAAGGUCGUGCUCAUUGGCUGAGAGAGUGAGCUACGUGCUACACAAUAUACAGUGAUAUUAUACAGAAACAUUGACUUGUAUUCACAAUGUUGUAUACACAGAAAUAUUGACUUGCAAAAAUACUGCACAAACUUUAUUGGUUAUUUAUUUAAAAAGCAAUUUAUGUCAUUAAUAGUCAAAAAUAUAUCUUAUGUUCAUGUUUGAGUGAAAGAUUUAAUGUUGUAUUUCUACAUUAAUCAAUCUACAUUAAUUUGCAAUCACUAAUGUUUGGUGAGUGGACAUUGGUCCCUGAAUGGCUACUGAAGGCGCUCUAUAAUAAUAAAACAUAUUUUCAUGAUCCUUACUUUUUUGGUGUCUCAUUUCAAUCUCAAAUCAGGUGGGCAAAUUGCUCAAUGCUUCUUCUACCUUUGAGGACAGCAUAUAGCGUGACAUCUCUUCCUGGUCUGAAAAUGAAUAGGUGACCAAAACAGCCUGAAAUAUAUUAUCCAUAUGUCCCAUAUAUUAUUUCUCAUGGAUUGGGAAGCUUUCUCCCCUCCAAUGUUAAAAUAAUAUUCACAUCACUUUAAUCUGAAAUCCAUCUAUUUAGGGUACGCUCGCUCCCUCUGCAGGCUUCCAUAGUAACUGCGUGCAUGGACUACCUUGCAAGGUCAACCCCGUGACUUGCUAAAUACCUAGGAUUUCUUUAGCUAGGGUUUUUCUUUAAAAAAAAUUAAAUAAUAACAUUUAAAUAUUAAAAGCCUUUAAAUGUUUCCUUUAAAAUAUAAAAAAAUAAUGCAAUGAAGAUUUUUUUAGAAUCUGAUUUUUCUCCCAGUCCCCUCUCAGUGUUGAAUCACUGUUACCAGUUUUACUUCAUUUUAAUGCAGGAAUAAUGUCUGGUAUGGUACUCUCCAUAUAGUGCAGAGGGGGACUUCUCCUUCCUUCCUAAAUUCAAAUAACAAUGUUUUAUAACCUCAUACAGUUUGCAGUUUAAACAAUAGAAGAGAGAGAGCUCAGCUGUGAUCAUAAAACAUGAAAACAAAAUGAUAUUAGUUACAGAUUUUCUUUCACGCCUACCCUCCUCUUAAACCAUACAGUAACAGAAUUAGAGAGACAUUAAAAUAAUAGUUAUAGCCAAAAAGCCAGGUUUGGAAUAUACAUGAGCUAUAUUUACUGUUUUUGCUGAAUUUUACUGUAUUUACUGUUUAUUUGUAUUGUAAUUGUGUCCAUACAUAAAACAUAGCACCAUGGGAACAAAGGUGCUAAACACAGGUCCUAGAGUAACAAUUACAAGGAAGAAUAAUAGAUAACGAUAAUAACAAUAGUCAGUAUCAUGUAGAAACCUAAAGUGGUCUGAGUUUUAACCCUGCAGCUGAAAACGAAACUGCUAUGUUUACAUUAGGGUUAAUCCAACCUCUAGUGGCUCAUUGACAGCCGCUAGAGGCGCUUCUGCGAUUUUCAGUGAGAAAAUCGCACUGAAAUGACGCUGGACAUCCUCAUGGAGUCCAGCGUCAAAUAAAAUCUCCAUAGGAAAGCACUGAGUAAUGCUUUUCUAUGGGCGGGUUUGAACUCGGGAGCUGAAGUUGACUAGGGGAGGAGACGUCACCAGGGGUUUUAACCCCUUCAGCCCAGUGGGAGGGGGGAUACCUAUUAACCCAAUAGUGCCAGGAAAACGGGUUUGUUUUCCUGGCACUAUAGGAUCGCUUUAAAAUACAGAUCGUUUCACGUUAGUUUCCAAGAACUCUGGUGACUUUAAGAUUUGACUAAUCUUAAAGUAUGUUUUGAAAGGGUAUUAAAGGCAGAGUGCACUAUAUGUUCCAGCCGCCGCACAUGUACCCUUCAAGGGAGUCUGAAAAGUAUGCUACACAGGUAAUGUUAGAAUUGAUGAGAGUUGCAGGACAGGCUAGUCUUAAGUGUUUAGAGUUUGUAGGACUUAGGGAUAGGGAGUGUUUAGGGUUACGGGGUGCUUGUGGUUAUAGCAAGCUUAUGGUAAGGUUGACGUAAGGUUGGACAUACCUACCUUCAUGGUGGUGUAGAUUCUGCAUAAUGUUACAUUGUAGGGCAAUACUUAUUAUGUUUUUGCCAUCAGCUAUUCAGGCAGCCCUACCUCUGUAAUUCAUCUUGGUUAACACUACUGCGUUAAAGGUGCUGCACUUUUGGGGGUGAGUUGAUUCAGCUGGUUUCAGAUGGAGUACCUGAAAACCACCUGAUCAAAAUUAAUGGUGCCUCUUGUACAUCCAGAUAAAAUCUAGGUCCCAGGAGUUUAUUUUCUAUGGAUGGAAGCAGUGAUGGGGUUACCUGCUGGCAUUGUGCCUGCUGUAACCACGAAUAAUCAAUGAUCUUUUUAUGCUGGUACUUACAUUUAUUUUUUUGGUUUGUCGGUAGCCUUUCAAAAGACUGUCUGCUCUCUCCAUCCCAUGGGGCUGCGUGAGACAGCAAAACCCCCUUGAAAGUCCCGCUUUGGUGAAAAAUACAAUCUGAUGUCUACAAUAUUUUUACAGUAAAUCUAAUUUCUUAGAGCGCACAGUCCUGAACAAUGGGGUGAUUUAUCAGCGGAUUCUUUAAAUAGAGGGGCCAUGCCAUCUUAAUAAGCACCACUUGUGCAAAUAUUGCAGGUUUUAAAGAGAGCUUUUUUUUUGUUAACCAAUUACAUACCAGACAGAACCAGGAGAGGCUGUGAGACUAGAAAAGGCACAUCUCAUUUCUCCCUUCUGCAGAUGUGCUUUCUAGGGACUUUUUCGGGGAGAAAGGGAACAUUAUAACAAAUACAAAAAAUGAAUUACAAAUGAAGAACUAUAUAUAAAAUAAUCUUUAGAAGAUUUAUUUAUUGUGCAUUAUUAAGAGCUUAAAUGAUUAAUCUUCCUGUUUCUCUCUCUCUCCCUUAGUAUACAUUAUAACUGUUAUUAUAGUGAAUACCAAGUCGCUUCAGAAAACAUAAAAAAGCUUUUGUUUUUCAUCCUUUAUGAAAGAUGCUGCAAUCUAUUAGGUAGCGGGAAUCAACAGCAAAGAGUUUUAUUCACUAAACUGUGAAUUUUCAAUUGUAGGUGAAAUUGUGGAACUAAAUAUAUAGUUACAAAAUUUUCCAGUUAAAAUUUUGCUCUAUAGUUUGAAAUUUACUUUAAAUAUACAAAAUGUAACAUUUCACCAAAUAAACCUUUUCAGUGUUAACAUGAUUCUGUUAUCUGCAGAUUUAACUGUGGAGGAACAAAAUGAUCACCAAUUGUAUUGGCUGUGUGAAGUAUUGUCAAGGCACAUAAAGUAGCGUACCAAUGGGGAUGCACCCGUGGUGUUUUGCUCUAGGUGACGGACCUCCUCCCUUUCAGUAGAUACACUGAUAUCAUCGCUGUGCGGCAUGUUACUGCGCUGUCGAUGUAAAGGUGCUGCAGAGAGGGCGAUGAGGGGCUGCUGGCAUCAUUCUGUGCACUUGUCGCACAGCUUCCUUGCCAUGUACUGAUGCCUGUAGCCAGAGUUUGAUGCCAUUCCAACCCUGGCACCAGUACAGAGCUGCAGGGAGUUCGAGGGUCAGGGCACAGAAUGAUCUCAGCAGCUCCCCGCUACACCCCAGUGAUGAGGCUCCACUCAAAGGUAAGAAAUCGAGGUUGGGUGGGCCUCAUUAUACUUAACAAUGUGAGUGUCAGUGUGGGAAUGUGUGUGUGCAAUUGUAUAUGAAUGUGCAUGUAAACAUAUAAAUUAAUAGGAGAUGGUGUUACACCAAAUAUUUCCCGUGGGGGGGGGGGGCAGGGGGGCCAACAUACAAUUAUACCUCGGAUGCCAAGUGACUUAGGUACGCAUCUUGGCACAUACCUUCCAAGUGAGCUUGUUUAGUAAGGACAAUCCCUCUGUCACUUCUUUUUCUAACGUAUAUGUUUUAUGGGUUCUAAGUUAUAUUAUUAUUUAUAUAGCACCAUCAGAUUCCGUAGCGCUGUACAAUGGGUGGACUAACAGACGUGUAAUUGUAACCAGACAACUGGACGUACAGGAACAGAGAGGUGGGGGGCCCUGCUUAAUGAGCUUACAUUCUAGAGGGAGUGGGGUAUAGUGACACAAAGGGUAAAAGUAGGGGUACGAAGUAGGUUGUUAGAAAAGUAUUCACUGAGGGCUUAGUAGGUAAUUUUGACAGUUGCAGGAGAGGAGUCAUGGGGGCUGGGGGAUAAAAACCUGCUAACAGUUUAAUUGAUCUGCUUUCUUGAUGAAGUGAGUUUUCAAAGAUUUUUUUAAUGAAUGGAGACUGGGUGAAAGUCUUGUGGAGAAGGGAAGGGAGUUUCACAGAAGAAGUGCAACCCUGGAGAAAUCUUGGAGGCGAGCAUUAGAGGUGGGAGUCUUUGGCAGAGCGUAGGGGCCUCGAUGGGACAUACUUGUGUAUUAGGGAGGAUAGGUAGGUUGGAGCAGCAUUAUGUAGGGACAUGUAAGCAAGCACCAGAAUUUUAAAUUGAGACCUACAUCUACCUGGAAGCCAAUGCAGGGACUGACUGAGCGAAGAGGUGUGGGAGGUGCGAGCGGACAGGAAAAUAAUCUGGGAACACGUAAGACCACUGAGCAGGGGAUUGCAGUAGUCAAGGCAAUAGAGAACAACAGCAUGGACUAGCACCAUAGCUGCAUCUGGCGUUAAAUAGGGGCGGAUGCGCGCUAUGUUUUUGAGAUGGAAGCGACAGGAUUUGGCGAUUGAUUGGACAUGAGGGGUGAAGGAGAGGUUGGAGUAAAAAAGAAGUGAUGAUAGCGCAGUUGACUUGGAGGGAGACAGACUCAGGAGUGGUAACACUUGAGGGAGGAAAGACCAGAGGUUCUCUUUUGGACAGGUUGAGUUUAAGAAAGUGAGCAGCCAUCCAGUUGGAAAUCGCAGAGAGGUAGUCAGAGACAUGAGUCAAUAUGGGCGGAGAGAGAUCAGGAGAGGACAGGCAGAUUUGCGUGUCAUCUGCUUAGAAAUGAUAACGGAAGCCAAAGGAGCUGAUGAGUUUACCAAGGGAGGCAUUAUAGAUAGAGAACAGUAGGGGACCAAGGACAGAACCUUGGGGGACGCUGACAGAGAAUUGUUGGGGGCAAGAGGCAGAGUCAGAGAAAGAAACACUGAAAGAGCGCUGGGAGAGAUAGGAGGAGCACCAGGAGAGAGCAGUAUCCCAUAGACCAAAAUUAUGGAGAAUGCGGAGAAGCUGUUGAUGAUCAACAGUGUCAAAGGUAGCAGAAAGAUCAAGGAGAAUUAGGAUAGAGUAAUGGCCGCGAAAUUAAGCAGAAAUUAAAUUGUUGGAUACUUUGGUCACAGCCAUUUCGACUGAAUGACUAGCACGGAAUCCAGACUGAAGGGGGUCAAGCAGAGAGUCGGAUUCGAGAGUCAGUCUGUCUGGUGUACACAACUCUCUUAAGGAUCUUGUAGGCAAAUGGCAGUAGCGAGAUAGGGCGGUAGCUGGAUGGGGAGUUGGGGUCAAGGCUGGGCCUUUUCAGAAUUGGGUUUACAGUUGCAUGUUUGAAGGAUGAGGGAAAUGUGCCAGAGGAAAGGGAGAGAUUGAAAAUUUUAGUGAGAGGAAGAGCAAGAGAGACAAAGUGCAGAUGAGAUAUGAGGGAAUAGGAUCGAGGGAACAGGUGGUGGGGCGCAAGGACCGGAGCAGAACAGAAACCUCUUCUGCUGUAGCAGGUGUGAAUGAGUGUAGAAUGGGAAAGGGAAGGAGAGAAAUUAGAGAUCUCUUAUCUUAUUGUAGAUCAUAUAUAUAUUAUUUUUGAUUAUUUAUUGUAAAUUACCUAAAUGUCCUGGAGACAUCUCUUCUAACACCUGUGAAAGUGUCAGUCUUUGGCCUACCUAAGACUGGAUUCUAAAGCACCACAUACAUUAUUGGCAGACGUUAACAUAUGCAGUCAGACUGCAAUACAAUAAGUAUGGUCACAAUGGUGGGCAUACUUGGCAGGCAAUUUACAGGUGAAAUUUCAACCAAUUCACUUUAAUAAUAUAAUAGAAAAAAAACUAUGCUGCUUGUGCAACCACCAAAGGAUUGUUCCAGAGCCUGGUGUUCUGCCAUCCGGUGCCCAAAUAGUUAACAUGUUAAUUCUACUUUUACAGAUUUAAAGCAUGGAGCCUCUAUGCAGCCAAAGUGGCUUAGACUGUGGGGUUAUACUCUUCCCCCAAAGUCAUUAAGAUUAAUGCAGUAGAUUAUUUAGAAGGUAUUUUAAAUGUAGCUGUCUGCAGACAUAUCCGAUUACUGCAGCGAUUUAUCAAGUCACUAAUGUAAUUGAUCCAUUACACCCUUAAAUAACAGACAUGUGCUUGCUCUGUAUCACAGUAUGACAUCUUAAUUAUUAGUAUUUAAAAAGAAAAAAAAUGGUUAACCAAACAUCAACUGUGCAAUUCGGUUUGAUUUUGCCCUUUUUCACAAAGUAUCCUAUUGAAAUGGUACUUCCUAUUUUUUAUUUAUUUUUUAUAUACAGAGACUCAUUUUUCUGUGCACACGCUCAACUUCCUGGACUUUCUAGGAACUUUCAGAUGCUUGGGAACUGCUCAUUAUUUGAGCGUGUGCAUAUAUAUGGUGUUACCCCAGGGGUUCAAAAACUGGGGCACUGCAAUGGGCACACAGGGGAGCCGCAAGUUAUUUUCGCGGUGCUAUGAUGAUGGCACCUGGAACUGUGCCUCCCUCUCCCCUGCCAGCUCUGCAGGAACGGAGGGGAGAUCAGAGAUCUCCCUCUCCUACCCACUAGCACUUUGCUGACAGCCGGCAGGGGAUGCAGGGAGAGAGGACCCAGGGAAGCUCUAACAUGCAGCUCCGCCGGGUUCUCCUCUCGUGAGCUCAGAGUGUUGCGGUUACCACAGCAACGCUCCAAAUCUCGCAAGAGUGAACGCUAGCAGCUGCUGAGGCUGCUAGAGUUCACUCUCACCACUGGGACCACCAGGAUUCUCCACCGGACCACCAGGGAUUGUCCCCCCUCCCAGGAAGAGGUAAGCAGGUAGGGGAAUAUUAAAAUAAUAUAUAUUUUUUAAAUUACAUUUUGAAUUUAAAAUAAAAGUAUAUAUUUAUCUGCCCUCCUAUCCUCACAGACCCACAAUAACUCCACCUAUGCACACAAUUACCCUACAAUACACACACACCCACUGCCCCUACAUACACUGUACCCCUCAUACACUGCCCCCCAUACACACACCCACUGCCCCUACAUACACACUGUACCCCUCAUACACUGCCCCCCCACACACACACACUGUACCCCUCCUACAACCUGCCCCCAUACACAUACAUUACCCCUCAUACACUGCUCCCCCCCCACACACACAUGCACUGUACCCCUUAAUACAACCUUUCCCCCAUACACACACUGCCCCUUCAUACACACACACACAGUACCCCUCAUACACUGCCUUCACACAUCCGGCUCCACACUAACUGUACUCAUCAUACAACCUGCCCCCUCCACACACACACGGUACCCCUCACGCACAAACUGCCCCACAUACACACACACACAAACACUACAUCCUUCAAAUACACAAUGCACCACGUACACUUACUGCACCACACACACACACACUGCACCCCUCACACACACAGACACAUACAUUCUACCACUCACACACACACAUUGCACCCCUCACACACACACACACAUAUUGCAUCCCUCAGACACACUACAGCCCCUAUCCCGGCAGAUCCCAGGUAAGGUGUCAAACUGUUCUUAAACAGUUUGACUACUUACACUGGGAGGGCACUACUGACACCAUAACCACUACAAACUGCUGUAGUAAUUAUUGUGCCUGGAUUGUUUCUUUAAAUAAUCUACCAGUACCAUCCCGAGAUUAGGUUCUGGAUCUGCACUUGAAUGGCAAGCAUUUCUGCCAAACAGGGGCCCAGUAUAUGCCGAUGCGCUGUACAUAUAUACAACCUAAGAAAUUAUUUAAACUUGGGGCGCCUAGGAAAAAUAUUUAAAUAUUAAGAGCCCCUCCCAGCUAUACUUGUUUAAGUGUAAAUAUUGGUUGUUCGGAUACCUGCUGUAUGGACAGGAAUAAUUAUGGAUACCCUACAUGUGCAUAGGACAUUAGCUUAUCACAGUUGCAGAAAACAUUUGCUUAUAACAAUUGCAUAGAACUUUUGCAUAUAAUAUUUGCAUAUAAUAUGUGCGAGAUGGUUAGUAAUAAAACGUAGUGGGGUAUUCAGCUUGGGAGCGGGGUCGCAUGUGUGAUGACAGACUGAUCUGCUAAGAGGGUGUUUGCACUGUGGUGUAUAUUGUGUGCUCCUAAAUUACCCCUUGACAUGGGGGGGCGUUGUCGUUCAGAUAGUAGGCAGUCGGGAUCUAGUCUGGGCCUCUGCUUGCCUGUCAGUGGUUGUGGUCUGAUGUGGGGGGAGUUUUUAGAGUCCCUCAUGGUAAUGGGGAUUGGUGGUGCAUGGGGGAAUGUCCCAAAAGUCUUUUGGUGGUCUUCGGGUCUGGUUCAGGUCGUGACCGCUGUGUAUUGUUCUGCUUGAGGCCUCCUCGGCACGAACUCCGGUGCACUGACUGCAUCCUGCCCAAGGGGGCAUGUGGUUCUCGCCGGUGGUCCCGCUGGUAGGGCAUUCAGGGGGAGGCCCAGAGUGCCUAGGACCUUCGUGGCUUAGUGUACGUUGCUUACAGUAUGCAGCAUGUCUCCCCUCAUAAUGUGUAGGACGUGAGCUGGGCCCCAGCGGUACCUGAUUUGGUUGGCUCGUAGCACUGCAGUGAACUGUUGUAGAGAUCUUCGCCACGCUAAUGUUCCACUUGAGAGGUCUGGGAAAAAUGACAUGGUCAUGUUUUCAAAGAGGUAUGCCGAUUGCUCCCUGGUGGCCGCUAGGACUGCAGUUUUGUCCCUCAGGUUUUGAAAUUGGAGCACUAUGUCCCUAUAUGCGCUAGGUGGUGCCCUGGUCGGUCUCGGCAGGUGGAAUAUGCCAUCUAGCGUAAUCGCCCUGGCAGUUUUCGGAGUCAAGAGUGCGGUGAGGAGCCGCCUGGUAAAGUGUGGGAGCUCUGCGUCAGGGACUGAGUCAGCCACCCCCCUAACCUUUAGGUUUUUGUAGCGUCUUUUGUCUUCCUGUAAAGAGAAUCGCUGGUCCUGUAGUUGGUUCUGUUUUUACAGUGCACUGAUUGCAGCUUGGAGCUCAGUUAUUUGAGUGGUAUGUGUUGUGGAGAUUCCCUCCACUGCCUGGAGUCGACCUGUCAAAUUUUUCAAGUCAUUUCUUAUCAUAGCCACAUCGGCCGCGAUUUUCCUAUGGUGCUCAGCCAUGAGGUCUCCUAUGGCUUCCAUAGUUACCAGCUUGGGGUCAUUCACGGGUGGCUGGGUCCGUGUCUGGACCGGUUGUUUUAAUACUGGGGCCGGUGCUGGGUCUCCCUCUGUGUUGUCCGAGGACCCCUCGUAGAAGUCCGAGCAGCCGCCAUGCAGGGACGCCAUCUUGGAGCCCGCGGCCUCAUGGGCCUGCCGCCAGAGGUUCCCGAUAUCCAUGCUGGGUCGGGGCUUGUCCGGCUUUUGUUUUUUUAUUUUUCUCCCCGUGUGGUCCAGGGGGUUUUGGCUCACUUUGCGGUGGAUUCCACCAGUGCGUUUUGCUCUAGUUUAGUCCGGAGCUUCUCCACCAUGCGUCCGUCUGCUUCCCUGGCUUAGCUCCGCCCCCCCCAAAUACAGCAUUUUAAAACCAAAAAUAUUUAAUUACAUUUCCAGUUCAGCCAUAUGUGCCAUUCCCAUGCACUUUUCAAUGUGUGCAUCCAGAACCAAUCUACGCAGGGAUUCCUUGCAUAUUUCCACUUUUACACCGGCCAAAGGAAUUUCUAUUUUGCUGAGGGGCUGAGUGUGUCAAGGUAGGAAGAGAUACAUACUUGGUCUGUCAGAUCAUAUAAACACUUAAAGGACUUGGGGAUGACAGAAAGCAUUAACCCCAUCUGCCAAUGUCCAUACCACAUCCCUGAUCACAUGCCUCAUCUUCUACUUAAAAUGGGCCAGCAGCACAUGUGGUAACCAAUGGCUCACCAUAGAACCCAACAUGUUUGUGGUGGAUCAGUCAGGGGUUCCAAGGCUACCCGUCACUGUGAUACAGCAUGAAAAAAAAUAUCUGGAAACGUGGUUUUAAAAAGAUCCAAGAUUUUGACGAGAGAUUGUAUUAGCUGGCUCUGAUAUUCGUACACUGUGCAACUGACUUAUCAGCUUCUACCGGAUGCACAUGUUUCAUGGAGAUCUGAAAAAUGGGACAUGCUUAUUUCACACAAAGUGUUCCACUAGAUCAGUACUUAACUCUCAAUAUUUCCAACAAUUUAAGAGAGGGAUUAAUGUUCUUGGGUGGUUCUUUGAACCAUAUAUUGAUGACUUAAUGAACUGUGUAUAUCCUAAGUAGAUGGAUUCAUUAGCAUAAAUCAUACUUGCCAAGGGCUACAAUGUAGAAUUCAACUGAUCUGACAGGUGCACAAGGAGUUAAUAAGUGCUGGGUAAGUGUGGGCUCAGAGAUCGCUCUGCUACCGUGAAUCCCAGACACAAUCUGCUUUUUGGAGGGGGGUGCUUUUCGCAGGAGGAAGUAAUUUUUUACAGUCAAGCAGUAGACUUGGCAGCCACCCCACAUUGAACCUGCUGCCGUGUAACCCACAGAUGUGUGAAAGUGCAGAUUAAUACUGUGCGGGCAGGUUUGUCAGACUGAACAUCCAGUGUUGAGACAAGGGGAUUAUUUACUAAACAGUGAGCUGCCAACUGACUCGCAAAAAGAGCAAAUGAAAAAUAAAUAAAUCUGGUUUUAGGGCCUAGAUAUUUCAAAGUGUUUGCCAAUCCAAAGCAGCUUAGUCAAUAAACUCCUAAACAAGGGGAAGAUUUUAUCACUCCUUCUUUAUACCAUGGUUAUGGAAAUACAGACCAUAAUAACGUAUCAGAGUCAUAUUGCUUUUUAUAAUUGAAUCAUUUUUGUACCCUUUCUGUUUAGAGAUUUAGGAGUUCAGUCUUUUUCCGUACAUGUUCCUCUACAUUAUUUAAAAUAAUUUUACGUAUAUUUAGGUUUUAUUUACUCAUGUAGCAUAUGUGUAGAACAGACAUUGAUAGACUACAACCCCUAUUAUUCUCUGCCAGACAGGUUGAAAACAAAUUAUCCCGAAUUUCAAAUGUCCAUUAAACCUUUUAUACCGAAUGACUGAAACAUUCAUUCCUUUAAUGCUGUCUAGACACACACUUUAUAUUAUUUUCUUCAAUAAUUAUGACAGCUUCUAUCACUGCCAGCCAGCCAUAUGUCUGAACUAUAUGCUAUUCAUCCUUGGUGUAUGGAAUAAAGAUAGGCAAACUACAGUUUGGGCACGAAGAAAAGAAAUAAAAAGGUCAGCAGAUUAUGGUGUGUUUAGGAAAUAUCUACCAAACUGUGAUCAGAAAGCAAAAUUUUGAAAACUUUCAUCUGUUUGGAAACAGUUUAAAAACUUAAAAUUGAAUUGCUAUAGAUCUAAAUUGUUAUCCCCCACACUGCACUGCUCAGUCUGGUUCUUUCACAAUAAGACCAGUCCUAUCACACUGUUAGAAAGCUCAGUCCAGUCCUAUCACAGUGUGAGAAUACUCAGUCCAGUCCUAUUACAGUGUGAGAAUACUCAGACCAGUCCUAUCACAGUGUGAGAAUACUCAGUCCAGUCCUAUCACAGUGUGAGAAUACUUAGUCCAGUCCUAUCACAGUAUAGAAAAUAAUCCAGGCACUCCAACGAAUUCCAAAGCAAAAGCAAUUUUAUUAGAACCAGAAACCAAAAGGCAACAUUUCGAACCCCUUAGGGCCUUUCAGGGGUCAAAACGCUGCCUUUUGGUUCCUGAUUCUAAUAAAAUUGCCUUUGCUUUGAAAUUCGUUGGAGUGCCUGGAUUAUUUUAUUUACUCAAAAUUCCAUGUUUGGUCCUUCCUGGUACUGGGACUUAUCCAUUAGAGCACCCUGAAUUCCAUGACGAAGGGUUGAGUGCACUUCCAUUAUCUACAUACAGUCCUAUCACAGUGUGAGAAUACUCAGACCAGUCCCAUUACAGUGUUAGAAUGCUCAGUCUAGUACUGUCACAAUGUGAGAAUACUCAGUCCAGUUCUAUCGCAGUGUGAGAAUACUCAGACCAGUCCUAUCACAGUGUGAGAAUACUCAGACCAGUCCUAUCACAGUGUGAGAAUACUCAGUCCAGUCCUAUCACAGUGUGAGAAUACUCAGACCAGUCCUAUCACAGUGUGAGAAUACUCAGUCCAGUCCUAUCACAGUGUGAGAAUACUCAGACCAGUCCUAUCACAGUGUGAGAAUACUCAGUCCAGUCCUAUCACAGUGUGAGAAUACUCAGACCAGUCCUAACACUGCUCCGUCUGGUGCUAUCACAGUGUUAAAAUGCUCAGUCUGGUGCAAUAGCAGUGUUGGAAUGCUCAGUCUGGUGCCAUUGCAGUGUUGGAAUGCUCAGUCUGGUGCAAUCGCAGUGUUAGAAUGCUCAGUCUGGUGCCAUCACAUUCUUAGAAUGCUCAGCCUGGUGCUAUCACAGUGUUAGAAUGCUCAGUCUGGUUCUCUUACACUUACAGUGUGAGAAUAGUCAGUGAAGUACUAUAAAAGUGUGAGAAUGCAUAGUCCAGUUUUAUUACCGUUUGAGAAUGAUCCAUUGAGUUCAAGUACAAUGUUAGAAUGCUCAGUCUGGUGCUAUCACAGUGUUAGAAUGCUCAGUCUGGUGCUAUCACAGUGUUAGAAUGCUCAGUCUGGUGCUAUCACAGUGUUGGAAUGUUCAGUCUGGUUCUCUUAUGGUGUGAGAAUAGUCAGUGAAGUACUAUAAAAGUGUGAGAAUGCAUAGUCCGGUUUUCUUACAGUCUAAGAAUGAUCCAUUGAGUCCAAGUACAAUGUCUGAAUGCUCAGUCCAGUUCUAUGUUCUAUUGCAGUGGGAUAAGAUUUGAUUUGGUUCUAGGUUCUAUUAAAGUGUGAGAAUUCUCAGACUGGUUCUAUAGUAAUGUUUAAAUACUCAUUUUGGAUCUGCAGUCUGUUAGUGUGUGAAAGCUCAGUUUUGUAGACACACUCCAUGUACAAUAGUAAUUGCCACUUCGGGCCAAGUAUAUAAUUUAUAGUAUAUGAAAUAAAUAUUUUUUUAAAGGAUACAGUCAGGCUAAUUCUAAACACAAUAUAAAUAAAUCACCACUGUUCGAUCAAAUUGAGUAAUAAUACAAAAAAAUAUACAUAGUAGUUAAAUAUUAAACACUGUAACUAAUCAUUUUGUACAUUGCUGCCCAGUUAUAAAAACAGAAAUUCCACAUUGCUGAAAGAGAAGCAUGUGACUGCCACCUAGUGGCUGUCACAGAAAAGUGCAUUUAUAGUUCAAGGGUAAUAUCAGCAUUAUUAAAUUUUAAAUCCAGAGAUAUUUAUAAAUAAUGAGUUAUGUUCAAUCAGACCCUGAUCUUGUUAAAGAAGUGCAUUUAAUAUUUCCAUUAUAUUUAAUUAUUUAUUCUGGUAACUAAAUAUGAUGCAAAUCCACAGCGAUCAGUUUCAGUAUCCAAUGGUAUUUAGGCUGUAUGCCUACAUCAUUACUACCGUUUCACUCAGGGUUUUUUUAUUAAAACAUGAAUUUUCAGGAAGUCAAUGUUAAUUCCAAAUUUAUGCCAAAAUAGCCAAAGAAAAAUAUUGCAGAAUUCUGAUCCGUUUAUACAGUGAAUAAACUUGUAUAUGCAUGUAGGCAAUAUAAAUGGUUUGCAUUAGUUAUUUUUUACAUUUAUAGUCAGGACUGUAAAAAGUGCACUAUUUUGGGAGGAGGGAUUCACUAACGCAUGUAAACAAAGCCCGAUCCAUCGCAGAACAUAUUUGGAACAUGGGGUGUCUGCUUUUUAUUGCAUGUCAUUUUAGCAACUUUUGGGCUAGUUGAGCAACCGACCAACUAAAUGUAGUUCACAAUCAUGUGUAAUGCUGGGGUUAGCCAUCACUAGUCUAGCAAGUGGCAUUUCAUCAUGGGAAACGCCUCUUGCCAUUUGAUGCUGCUUCAUUCUGUGGUCUAGCAAUGCCAGCAUCAGUGCCCGACAAUACCCCAUGACUGUCCUACCAAAGCCAGCCAAUUGCAUUAUCAUUAUUUGCUUUCUUGUAAAAUGCCAACAUGGUCUAUAACUGAGCUGUGUCUGUAUUCUACAUUAAGUGCUUCCUGUCUUAAAGCUGAGAUUGCUAUAAAGAGUUACAGAUGGGCUUUAUAGUACCCAGGUGGGAUAGAACUGCUAUACACAUAAGAAAAAUUGAUCCUACAUAAUUUUAUUUCUGGGUAGUAAGGGGACAGGGCCCCUUUGUAACUGGAAAUGUUGGAAAGUCAUUGGUUGCCCUACUAGGUAUAUUCAGAUACAGGGAGUUGAUAUAUUUAAUUCUGCUUUUUUGGUCUACAUUCUACAUCUCCCCUGUCAACUCACCAGAAUUCUGUUUAGCUAAUAAGCUUCCUAUUGAUCAGUAUGUGAGUGAGCAUCACCCCUCAAUUUUGACAACUCCCAUUCCACGACCUGAAUCAUCACUCGAGGAAACGUUCUCAUAGAUCUUACCUUCAGGCAGCUAUUUGUCUUGGCACUGCAAGACAAUUCAAAUCUUUUUAUCAGGAGUCAGUGAAAAGAAAAUACUGGCAAGUGAUAGAACUUCCAGCCUCCAAAAUAAGUCAUUUAUGUAUCUGAAUGGUCACAACUGUGAUAAUGUGCCACGGCUCAGGUCUGCCUGUUUUAUAUUGGCAGGAAUCCCUUGCAAAUUUGAACGUCAGUAAACAGACUUUAUAGUUGUGACUGGGUUUCCCAUAAGUGGGGAAUUGUUGUCAGGUUAAUAUCAGGCAUGUUGAUGGCCUACGGAUUCAGCUAUGUCAACGCAGCAGGGAGUCAAUGAAAACCUGCAGCUGUAAGGAUAGCAUCAGCCUUGGUGUGAUAAAUCCACAGGGGAAAUCGCCGUCUCGCUGAUAUGAAAUUGGAAUGGAAAAGCAGAGGGAAUAUGAUUUAUUUUCCUAGGAUGGUUUGCAGGACAAACUUCGAUUCCCGGAAUUGCAUCUCAUUUUUAAGUAAAGAAUUCCAAGGUGUUUACUAUUACUGAGUACUCUGAGAUCGUUCCCAGAGAAAACAUUCAUCAGGAGCCAAUGCUGAAAGCAGUAUGAAGCUGAGAAUAUUUUAUCUAUUAAAUAGUAUGUCUAUAAACUACACACAUUGAAGGUUAUUCACUAAAUUGUGAACUGUGGAGAAUUGACAAUGAGAUACACAUUUCAAACGAAUAACUGAGCUGGAUAAAUAGCUACUUAUGUGGAUGAUGUAUCCAAUUGGGCUAUUUUAGCCUUAAAUGUGUGAUUCUCUGAUCAAUUGUCAAAAAUUCCUGGAUUUAAAUAAGUUGUGUGGCUACAAGUAAAGUUUAUUAGUAUUGGUUGUGAUGUCACAGAGCUGGUACAUGUUAGUGCAUUGGCUGACUAAGAAUAGUAUGACCAUAAUGUGGCAAAAUCUCCUUUUUCUCAAUCUUACAUUUUUUAUUAUUUUAUUUUUUUGUGUUUACCUUUUUGUCAUUUUUUUGAAGCAAUAUAUUAACCCCUUAAAGACAGAGCUUCAAAAGCUUGUCUUUCACUUAAUGACAACAGCAUUUUUUUUAUUUUUUGCUGUUUGCGUUCAACUGCAAUUUGCAUUUUACAAAUUUAUUGCACCGACACAUAUUAUAGACCGUUUUUUAAAGGACAGAAAGGGCUUUCAUUUGAUGUAACAUAUAUAUGGGAUAAUUUUUUCUAUAGUUUGUUCCAGGUGUAGUGGUAAUGAGCGUUUUUAAAUGUAUUUUUUUACUUUUUUUUAAAAAUGUUACUUUUAAAAACUAGUUUUUAAACUUUUAUUUUGCUUAUUAACUUUUUUAAACUUUCCUAAACUUUCUUAAAACUUUUUUUUACAGAUUUAACAUUUUUCUAAGCUUUUUUUUUUUUUUACCGUUAACCCCUAACUAGCCAUAAGCAGCACUAACAGUAAAUUCCCCAUUUUCCCAUAACUCCCACCCACCCGAGCUAGCAAAAUAUAUAAUUAUAAAAUAUUUAAAUUUAUUUAAAUUCAAUUAAAUAAAUUGAACCACUGAGGGUUAAAAAAGAAAUAAAAGUUAAUCCUCAGGGGUUAAAAAAAAUUAGAUCACAGUAUAAUACUGUGAUCUGUAUUUUGAUCACUGUAGGCAGUGUUCGACUGGCAGGGAAAGGGUUAAUUUUUAUUUGGACUGGGUAAAGGGUUUUUUUUUUUUUGUUUUGUUUUUUACUUAAACGUUAUUAAAACAUUUUUUAGCUUAAUUUUUAACAUAUUAAAGUUUAUUUUAAAACUUUUUUAACGUUAACCCCUAGUUAGCCUAACACCAAAUCCCCCAAUUCCCCACUAACUUCCACCCACCCCAGCUAACUAAAUAUAUAAUUUUAAAAUAUUUAAAUUAAUUAAAUAAAUUUAACCUUAAGGGUUAAAAAAAAAAAAAAUAACCCUCGGGGGUUAAAAAAAAAUCAGAUGACAGUAAAAUGUAAUCCCUGCCAAUUGAUCACUGUAGUCAGUGAUCAAUUGGCAGGGAAGGGGUUAAUUUUUUUAAUAAAAUGGGUAAAGGGGGGUGGGAUUUUAAAUUAACUUUAUUUUUUUUUCAACAGUGGGCAGGAUCAUCGCUGAUCCAUCUCCCUGCACUUCACACAGAACCAGGAAGUGCAGGGAGGCAGAAGGUGAGUAUAUGCAGCACAUGUGCUCGCUCUGACAUGCUGUCAGAGCGAGCACAUGUGCUGGGCAGCCUGAUCGGGUGCUCCCGGUCUGCCUGUAAUACAGAGGCAGACCGGAGCACCAUUAACCCCGCAAUAGCGGCGAUCUGGGGUUAAUUUUAACGGGUGACGGGCGAGUUAAGGGAUUAAUAAAUUAAUGUUUUCCUUCUUGAAAAACAUCCUAGUGUGAACUGAAAUGUUGACGGUUCUAUCUUCAUAUAUUUUCUUCUUUUCAUUGUGUAAAACAGCUGGUUCUAGUCUGCACUAUAUGGGAUAUGAUCAAAGAGUUUAACCGUUUGGAUUUUGCUAGCACGUGGUUGUACAUCUGGAGCAGCAAACUAUGCUAUAUGAGUGGUCAGAAUGGCAGAAGGUACUCUGUAAUACCUAGUUUCUCUUAUAGGAGUCUUGCUAUUCUUAUGGAAAUGGUCCCGUCACAGGGCCCUGUGGGCCUAUUUUAUGGGAUUUUUAUUCUUAUGUCUGUUAUUUUAAGAAACCAUUUCUGAGAAGGUGAAGCUUCAUCAGCGGGGUUUGACGUGAGAGCAGGAAAUUUGAGGUGUCUGAUCGUUUUAGUUCUAACAGCUGGAAUACCUGCCAAUAAGUCUUAAUAUUCCGGGCAGGGGAGCAGCAAGGUAUUUGCUGUCACAGUAAAUCAAAUGUUAUUAUCUCAGAAGGCAGAAGGCUUGGGUGUAACAUCUGAUGAAGUGAUAAAUCUGUCGAUUGGUAUCAGAUGCAGCUUGGCAAGUUUCAACUUGGGGAGGAGGGAAGGGAUUUAAAUGCCUUGGCAUACCACCACAAAAAUACAUUAAACUUAGGGUAUUGCAAAAAAAGUCAGGCUAGCUCAAUAAACUUAGACGUCAAGCACUUAUAAAACAUGACAAUUAGAUUUACAUUUUUACUUCCUUGAUAGGCACAAAAGGUAAAUCCUGUAUCCGCUGGCAUGAAUGUUUGUGGAUACAUGCAGUUUUCUGUUCAUCAGCACCUGCCAGCUGAGAAGGAUAGGCAGGCCCUGGCCAAUCCGCUUGAGCUAUCGCUAAAGCUGGCCGCAUCCGUAUUUUUUAACCCCCCCUCCCGACUCCACUACAUCUUGUCACCCCCAUAUACCUCUAGGCCACCCAUAUUACCUUUUAAAAAAUCUUUAUUUUAUGCCUGGGCGCCGCCAUCUUUGUGUCGGUAGAUGAAGGCCCUGUGGGACACGUCAUCUGCCCACACUAGAUAGCGCUGUGAAAUUCCUGCACAUGCCCAGUUAAAGACUUGAGCAUUCGCUAUUGUCCGAAUAUCGGACGGGAAUUUCGUCUAAUUAUUAAUUCGUCAGAAAGACUAAUGAAUGAAUAGAAUAGUCAGAAGAACAAACAAACUCUGAAUAUCGGUGUUCGUUUGUUCAGUUUAUUACGAGGAAAGAGCUACUGGUGCGCAGCUCCCACCUUGUAAUAUGUAAAGAUAGAACCGCCCCAUGUCUUCCCUCACUCUAUGGGGGUAACUAUGAUCCCCCAUAGAGUGGUUGAAAUCUCCCGAAUGCCCCUACUCGCUAUGCUGCAAGUAGGGGCAUGUCUACUAAACCAAGACCCAAGUCACCCCCCUGCACCCAAAUAAUAUUAAAUAAAGCCCUACCUACCCCCCUCACCCUAAAAAUAAUGAGGAAGGAGACAAUAAAACAAUACCUUUAAAUAAAAAAAUACUUACUAUUUGAUGUCUUCUAUUUUCUUAAACCUUCUUUUUUCAGCCGCAAAAAAGACCAAAUAAAAAACCAUAAUACCCGUCAAACUUAUAAAAUAAAAAUAUCCCUCCCUCCCCCCAAAAUAAAUCCUGACACUAAAAAAAUUCCAUCUUCACCCAGCGAGGGCACCGCGCAGACUGAGCUCCGCAGGGUAGGGAAAGGCUUAUAAAGUUCCAAAGAACUUUCCCACGCUGUGUAAAAUGACUCAGAGCAUUCUGAUUGGUUGGAUUCCAAGCCAACAAAUCAGAGUGCUGUAACAGGUAAUUGUAGAGACUUACCUCAGAGUGCUCAAAGUCAAAUUGCAGAGUGUGGGAAGGCUUUAUAAGCUUUUCCCCCGCCCUGCGGAGCUUAGUCUGUGCGGUGCCCUCGCUGGAUGAAAAUUGAAUUUUUUUUUGCGUCGGGAAUUUUUUUUUUGGGGCACUGAGGUUUUUAUUUUUAUUUUAUAAGUUCGACGGAUAUUAUGGUUUUUUAUUUGGCUUUUUUGGGGGCUGAAAAAAAAAGGUUUUAGAAAAAAGAAGACAUCAAAUGGUAUUUUUUACAUUUAAAGGUAUUAAGUUUUAUUGUCUCCCCCUCAUUAUUUUUAGGGUGUCCCCACCCCUCUUAUUGUAAUUUAGGGCCCCCACAUGCCGCUUAUGGGUGGGGGACAGGAAAAUAAGCCCCUGCCCUGUCGCUCAUGGGUGGGGCAGGGGGGAGGACAAUAGGUCUUCCCUCCCCUUAUUGUAAUUUAAAAUCCCACCCGCCGCUUAUGGGUGGGGGCCAAGGAGGAACCCUUGUCCCCCAUUUAGUUGACUAGCCCCCCGAGCCCGACACUAUGUCCCCCGCAGGCUAGUUAAGAGAUGCCCCACUAUUGGGGGGAGGGAGGUUAUUUUUUUUACUUUUACAACAGUGAGCAGCCACAGGCCCCGUUUUGGGUUUGUCCAGUCUUUGCUUUUUGGGUUUUCUUCCCAUGUACCCUGUAGGUCCAUGGGGUACUUUUGCAGCACUGUGUUGUUGGAAACUGGGUUUAUAAGCAGUGUGUACAGAGAGCCCAUCCAAGUGCAUCCGUCUCGUUCUCUUGCUAGGCUCGGCCUCCUGUAUUUUUCCUUAUAUAUUCCCUGGACUUACUGGACUCACAUGCUCCCAUAAUCGUCUUGUUCUAACAGCAAAAGCAGUGCCUAGUUACUGACUGCAGUGGAAUGACAGUGUGCCCUGUAUUUUUGUGCAAGCCAAAGACAUAACGAGCUUCUUGGAAGCGUACAUGUUCUCAUUAGUUUAUCUUUGUGACAUUCAUGCUGGUGAAACCAUUAAUCAUUUGUGAUUCUUUGAGUGGUGUUGGAUUCUCUCUGUAGCUUUAGAUAAAGGAAAUGUAUGUCCUUAUUAAUUGGAGUUGACAUUGUGAUAUUUCGAAACAGCAUGGUAUGGCAGAAAGUAUAGCUCAAGUCCACAUGCAGUGUACAUUUACAGCCAGCAGGUGGAGCUAUUUUGUCAUAUUUGGGUUAGUCAAACCUUGCCAUCCACUGAAAUGAAUUAUUUCAGACUAGCUCACGAAAGUGUGAAUUGUCAGGAAUUUGAAGUCAUUUUAGACCAAAAGGCUGAACUGGAAAAAUUCUAAAGUCUGUGUUUUCAGUACAGUUAUUUUUGCCUAAUAUUUAAAAUGUACUUUGAAUUCCCAGCAACUGACACUUUAUUAAAUAAUCAUGUUUGUUUGCUGACUUGGUGAUUAUUAUUAUUAUUGGUAUUUAUAUAGCACCAGCUUCUCCUGCAACGCUUUAAGACCUAAACAGUGAAAUAAACCUGUUAACAGGGUAUUAGAUAUAUUAGACUUUCUAAUUCAAAGCAAAUUAAAAUUUUAGGUUAAAAUUGCUGAAUUGGAAACAUUCUCCAAAUCAACUAUGUUUUCGAUUAAACUAUUUUGAUCUAAAAUUCAGAAAUUACUUUGAUUUCCCAAUAAUUCACGCAUUAAUAAUUUAUACAUUUCCUGUUUUCAGCUCAAUUUUUUAGUUUACUUUUAGUAACACUCAAAAUUGCUGACCUUUUGAGAGGCUGAAUACAUCAGUAAAUACAACCCUUCUACCUUAAAGGAACCCUAUAGCUUCAGGAACACAAACAUGUGUUCCUGACCCUAUAGUGUUUAAUCCACCAUUUAUGUUUCUUGCUCCCCCCUCCCGCCCCCCUACAUUAAAUUUUUUUUUUUAAACUCACCUUAUUUCCAGCGCAACGCGGGUCUGCGGAUGCUGGUCCAAUCAGCAUUGGAUUGGCUAAAAUCGACAAGGAGGCGGUAUGUGGGCAGGGCCGAGCACUGUUUUGGCCAAUCAGCACCUCCUCAUAGAGAGGCAUUGAAUAAAUGCCUUUCUAUGAGGAAAAAUCAGCUAAACGGCAGUGCUGCCUCCUGUGCAGCACUGUCCCAGGAAGCACCUUGAAUGGCCACUUGGAGGUAUUCCUAGAGGGCAAUGUAAACACCGCCUUUUCUAUGAAAAGACAGUGUUUAUGUGAAAAUGCCUAAAACCAAUGAUUAUAGUCACCAGAACAACUACAAUAAGCUUGUUCUGGUGACCAUAGUGUCCCUUUAACUGGUCAAUGUCUCUCUUACAUACUGUGUACACUUUGGCUAACCUUAGGUAAUUGCCCUCAUUAGGGAGUCUGAAAGAAUGUAUGUGUCUGGAGUGGAAAUCUGAUUGUGAGAAACGUAGACUCCUUUGCUGUGAACAGGAUAUAUAUUUAUGCAGCUAAAAAGUAUUCUGUUAAUUCUAGCUUAGUUUUACUAUUGUUUGCAUCUCAUUUAUUCAGCCCACUGAUAAUUAUCUUUCUGUGUUUAGGUCUCACCUGGAUCUUUGAGAAUCAAUGCGGUCAUCUCUGCCUUUUAAACAAGUACGAUGAAAGUAGAGCAACAAACCCAGGUUCGCUGACCUUUCACCUUAGAGAAUGACUGACCACAAGCAGCGUUCAAAGAACAUGAGUAAAACACGGGUGACAGACGAGCCAAGAGCCGUCCAUCCCUUUUGAGUGAUACCAUGACGGGAGAGACAAAGCAUGUGUACACCAUCAACAACAAAGAACCCAGCUCCAAGGACUCCCACAGAGACACUGCCUUUGAACAUUUCAACAAGAACGAUGCAGUGGACAAUUCCAUGAGCCGGGUAUCAGAAAGUUCUGAUAGUGCCUUCAGUAGUGUAGCUGAUAAAGGCCCUGAAAAAAAUAGUAGAGAAAAGGAACCCCACAGUCAAAGGGAAGCUGUAAUAAGACCCCAACAAGCAGGGAAAAUUGACUUCAAGUCUCUGCAAAACAGGUCUAAAUUUCACAGUGAUGCAUCGUGGAGUAAUGGUAAAAGCAGCCCAGUGUCUCCCACAGGGAGAAGCCGGGGAAAAGACAAAAGUAAGAGGUCUGGUAAGGGAGACCGGACUCAACACCAGCUCUACAGACUCAGUAUUACCAAUACUAGGCCCAAUCCUACAAUUGGUAUUGCAUACCCCCAACAAAAGGUGACACAACCUAAAAAUGUAGAAGUUAAUCGAGGUCCUGUUUCGGGAAGUUAUCGUUUUCAUGUGCCUAGUCUUCCUGAGAGGGAGGCAGAACUGCAGCAGGAAGACCUCAACUUCAAUCGAUGUUUCCAAGAGUCCAGUCCAAGCCUCACCUCCACCAACUAUACCUCACAAAACACUCCAGCUUCAAGAACUCAUCAUGGCAUAAAGCUACAGCUACAGCCAAGCAAUACUCAUGA